AGUGUUUGAGGGCGUCGCCUAGCAGCAGCGGCCUGCUCCGCCUCCUCCGUGAACGACUUGAGGAAACCAGCGAGCCAGAAGGAGGGAGGGAGGUUUUCGUGAACAAAUAAACGCGGAUUAACGUCGCCUGCACCUGGCGGGCGAGGCGGGGCUCCGGAAGGGGGACUAGCGGCCACUAGGCUGCCUUCCUCGCUGCCCGUUUGGCUCCGAGAGCGGAGAGGCGUUUCCUUGCCUGGGGAAACAAAUGGCUGCAAUCCUCGACCUGCUUCCUCUGGAGUAAACCUACUGGCUCACUGCGAAGCGCGCAGGAGAGGUUGCGUGGAGCCUCCGCAUCCUAGGUAUCCGGGGUAAAAAAGGCUCAUAGCUUUGCCUCCUUUCCCAGCUGACCCACUUCGGAGGGUCUAGGGGCGCUUUCGAAAGGUUUAUGACGAAGGCCUGUUGUGUGUGUGUGUUUAAACUCCUUUUAGAGAGUCUUGUAGUAGACAUUGAAAGACCAGCCAAUUUGUUAAUCUUUUCUCCCCCCCCCCCCCCGUGAACCAUAGGUUCAACUAUAUACCUCUAUGUAGCUAUAUACCUAUAACUGUAUACCUUUAUAUAUAGCUAUAUACCUAUAACUAUAUACUUCUAUACCUCAGCUAUAUACUCCCUGUGAACUAUAGGUACAACUAUAUACCUCUAUAGGUUUAGGGUGUACUCGCUUGAAAGUGUGUGCGCUUCAGGACCGUAGGGGUUGUGGACUUGAGCCCACCGCAUCAGGUAAGGACAUAAAUAACCGAGCCAUGCUCACCUGGCCCCACAUCCUGUUCUCUCAGGGGAUAAACAAGUGUUUGUGGGAAUUCAGUGAGCAGGAUCCUUGGCGUAAGAUAGUCCUCUCCCCUCCUGAGGUUCCCAGCAAUUGGUUCUAAUGCCUCCAACUGUAGCAGCAGAGCAGAGUAACAUAUCCUGCCUGGUAACCAUGAAUGGUUUUCUCCAUGAAUUUGUCCAGUGUUCUUUUAAAGCCAUCCAAGCUGGUGGCCACCACCGGUCUCCUGUGGGAGCAAGUUUGAUGGUUUACGAUGUUAUCCUCACUUGACGGAUAUGCUACGUUGCAUGAGGGAUGGAAGUGGCGUGUGGAAACCUUACAACUACUGUAUGAAAAACAAAAGGCACCGUCUGUACUUUAGGGUUUUCUUAGCAGGGACUCUAAAGUUGUGGGAUUCAAUCCCAUGUGAGAUCAACAAAGCCAUGCACAUAUACUGUUAGAGUUGUCUUUUCCCUCUCUUGUAUGACAGGAGUAGCUCAGGAGAGCCCCUCCUAUAAGUGAGGGCUCCUCCUGAAUUACUCCUGGUACAGUUAGAGAUGUUAAAAAUGGAAGAGAUGCUGAAGCACUUGAGCACACAAGCAAGAAUGUUUUGAUUCUAAUAAUGACCUGUUUUGUGCUUCUGUUUAUGUCAUGAACAAUGUCUAGUAAACUUUUGAUUCCUUUGUAAAUAGCUCAAGACGGGAAUGACUACUUUUGUGGAUAUUUUCAUGUCUUCUCAAAAUACCUUUUCUUUUUGUGCAGAGAUAAAUGAACGUUCAAGAUGGCGCCGAUUUUAGAAUGGAAGAAGGUUAUGAAAGUAGAUCCUGAUUCUUUAUCUCGUCAAGAGGAGCUAGCAGAUACUUUGCUGGAGAUGUUGGCUAAGGUAUUUUGAACAGUGAAUUGAGCAUUUUAUGUGAAGAAACUAAAUGGAUAUAAUGCUUAAUAUUAAACUGUUUAAGAGUAAUAGAGUAUUUUGCUUUUAUCUUUAGGUUGAUGGAAGUGAUCUGAAGGAUGAGAACCCUGAACGUUUAAUUCAGCUUUUUAAAAUUUCUCAGUCACUAAUGAGGGUCAGUACUGAUGCAUCCUAAUUACUUCUAAGAAGCAAAUUGUGCAUGAGCAUGAGCUUUCCAUUCCAGGCUAGGCAGCAAUGCAAAGUCUAUUUCCUCCAUCCUAGGGCAAACUCUCUGCUUGCAGCCUUUCCCCUCCAGCCAAGUCAGCAGGUGCCCCCAACAGUAGUAAGUGCAGUUGUUCUUGUCAGGAGCGUGGCAAAAGUCCAUCUUGUUGCGGAAAGUCAGUCUUUUUCACUUAAUCUAUGAUGGAAGUUUUGAUGUUUGUGUCAUAGGGUAAUUACUGUUUUUUUUACAGGGAUAAAUUAGAAUUUUGAAGUGAAACAUGUCAUUUUGGCCUGCCCAUCUACAGUUCCUUUGGUUGAUAAAUGAAAUUAGGAAAAAUGUGACAGAAAUGCUUUUUCAUAGUUAAUGCAGUAGUGCAACCAUCUUGAAUGCUAGUGACAGUGCCCUGAGUAAUUUGAGUUUUGUCCUCCUGGUCUACAGGAAGGUGUACACCCGUUGAAAGAUUCCCAGUCCUCAGUCUGAAUAACCCUGUUAGGAAACAGUCUAAUUUCCCUGGAGUUUUUCUUCUGGGUCUUAAAGUUUUCUACCCAAUUCCUAUGUCAAGUGUGAAAAUGAGAAAGUUUCUUGGUUUCUGAUGCAUAGUAUAGAGGUUCCUUAUUUUUUUUUUGAGCUAAGGGUUGCAUGGAUCCAUUCCCAACCCCACAGGAGCUGAAAAGUGGGCAUGGUCAUUUUUCAAAAGGGCACAUUUGGAAAUAGCUGGAUGAAUCGCUCCCUGUUGCUUGCUUUAUAUGAUCUGCUGAAAUUUAUAACGGAUGCAUUCCUCCAAACUAAAACCUCUGCUUGCUUAUAUUGUGUUUACCUGUGUGUAGCAACAUGCAUCUUCUUUUAGUCUACAUAAUUUUGUAGCUUCAUAUGUAAUUAUUUGUUCUGGGCACGUGUCUUACUUCUAUUUUUGUUGUAGAUGAAAAAUCAAGAAGUAGAACUGGCAUUGGAAGAAGUUGAGAAAGCUGGGGAGGAGCAAGCCAAAUUUGGUAUCAUCAGUUUUUGUGGAUAAGUAACACACACUUACAUUUACACUUGUAUAUUUACAGGUUUCAGCAGGGUCAGUAGAUGCUGAUGGAAACUUCCAUUAGAAGUUAAAGCAUAUUUAAGUUCCUGAGUUCAGUUAUUUAUAGUGACAGUCCAUCAACAUGUGAUUCGCCAUUUCUCCUCUAUUGCUUGUUUUAUUGUUUUCAAAACUAUGUAAAGAGUAUUUUUUUUACAAAAAAUAUCAUAAUGUAGCUUCAAUUUUGUUGUUACAGUCAUAUCUCAGGUUGAAAGUGCUUCAGGUUGAGCGUGUUCGAGUUGCGCUCCGCGGCAACCUGGAGGUAACAGAGCGCGUUACUUCCAGAUUUCGCCGCUCGCGCAUGCGCAGACACUCAAAAUGACGUCAUGCGCAGAAGCGGCAAAACGUGGCACGCGCCAUCGCGGGUUACGUUGCAUUCAGGAUGCGAAUGGAGCUCCAGAAUGGAUCCUGUUCGCAUCCCGAGGUACCACUGUACUAAAAUUUGAUUCAAAUAAGUCACUCAUUGUAAUGUUAGCAGAGGUUGCCACCAAGCUUAUUGUAGAUUUCAUUUGGAGGCUUAUGGAAAUAUAUUUUGGUAAUUUUGUGUGUCUUGUUUAUUCUAACAGAAAAUCAGUUAAAAACUAAAGUGAUGAAACUGGAAAAGGAGUUAGAGGUAUGUCAAAAUGUAAAGUUGCAUUUUAUACUAUUUAUUCUGUUCUUGGUGGUACUAGUUGAUGUAUAGCAUUAUUAAGUUAUUAUUUUUUUUAUGGGCAUUGGCAAAGCAAUCCUAACGAGAGGCAGGGCAGUGGUGGAGUGGAACAGCAAGUCCACCAAUACAUUCCAAGUACUGCUGGCUCGUUCUGGCCAGGGCAGAAGGAGUGGGAAAGAACAUAUUUUCUGCUGUGCCAGCCUUGACACCCUUAUGAGACCCAAACCCCACUGUGGAACAUCCCAGCUUCAUACUGGCAAGAACUGCUGGUGAUAGCUUUCCAUGUGCCUGAGGAAAGUUUAGCUUUCUUUAUGUGCAGUCUCCCCCUGGAAGAUGGAAGGGAGGAAACUACAUAUAAUCCUAACCCCUUCCCAUCGUAAACAUUGGAGAGGAGAAUAGGAUUGCGUUUCUAGUCUUUAUUUUUAACAUUUUAUUUUAUUUUAUUAAACGUAAACAGAACAUUUGGGGACAUAACUAUAAAUUGUAAGUGUGUAAUUCAACCUUUUAAAGUUAGACACUUUUAAACGCUGUCCUGCAAUUUCAAAGGGCAAAUGAAAUAAGCAGGACUUAAAUUUGCUUAACUGUGGGAAGGUCAGACCCUUAUUGGUCGAAAUCACAGCUAUAUUGAUCACAGGUUUCAUCUGUAGCAUAGUGCCUUUAGAAUGUAGCAAAGGCAAGUUCCUACUGCACGCUAUAACAAAAUCACUUUUAGAUUUUCCUUCAUGUAUUAAACAUAGUGGGAAUAUAAAACAGCUAAAAAUAUAUAAUUGUGCAUAGUUAGUCCUUUAAGACAUACCUUUAUUUUAAACCAUUUGAAUUUUUAAGCUGAAAUAUGUUGCAGUACAAAUACUAGAUUAAAGUCAGGUAUAACCUGACUUUUCCCAACUUGUGCAGAAUGAAUGAAUGCAAAAUGUUUGUGUGUGUGUGUGUUGAAAUUUUGAUUAAAACAGUUCUGUACUGUCCUGCUUACCUUAACUGGAAACACAUUAACAGCUUGUUAAAUUUUAAUGGUGCUUUAAGGUAGCACAUCGAUCUACUGGUGGUCGUGAUACUCGCUUUUUGCGUGAUGAGAUCCGUCAGCUGGAAAGGCAGAUGGAACAAAAAGACAGAGAGUUGGCAGAUAUGGAGAAGGAGCUGGAGAAAGAAAAGAAAGUCAAUGAACAGGUAUGCAGUAUUUUAAGCAGACAUCUGUAAAACUGUGGAAAAUAAUAUAAAAUUGAAGACUUGUAUUGAAUAAUAGCAAUAGAAAUGGGAAAAAGUUAAUGAUGUAUGCAUUUGCACGAAACAGAGGUUGUGUAUGCACUAUGAGACCAGGAAUUUAGAAAUAUACAGUAGUGUCUCGGGUUAAGUACUUAAUUUGUUCCGGAGGUCUGUUCUUAACCUGAAACUGUUCUUAACCUGAAGCACCACUUUAGCUAAUGGGGCCUCCUGCUGCUGCCGCACCGCCGGAGCACGAUUUCUGUUCUCAUCCUGAAGCAAAGUUCUUAACCCGAGGUACCACUGUAAUGCAGUGCAGUCUUGUCCAGUUUUAGGAGGGGCAAAGGGAUGAAAUAUUUUGUUCACUUCAAUCCCCUGCCCCCCCCCAGUGGCAGCAGUACAGAGGGAUCUUGGGACUGGAGCAAGCUGUGAGGGGAGAGGGAUUGGCAAUAUGGUGGGAGUGGGUUGGCAGGUAGGCUGAGAUCAGUUGAAUGGGUUUAAGGAGCUGUGAGGGGAUGUGGGCUUUGGGUGAGUUGUAAAAGAAGUGGACUGGCAAUAGCGUUGAAGGGUUUGUUGGGGAUAGUUGGUAGGAAGGAUUGAUGAGAAAUGCAAGCAGGAGCUGCCCUCCCCUUGUGUGUGUUUGUGUGUAUCUAUAUACCUAUCUAUGCAUAUAUAAUAUGAUAUUUACUAUUCAUGUACUCCAAGAGUGUUGAUACCUCCGGAAAAUAUGCCUUCCUUGUGAACUUGAUACAUUUUCUUAGCUAACUAAUUUUGUUGUUUUAGCUUGCUCUUCGAAAUGAGGAUGCAGAAAAUGAAAACAGCAAGUUGAGAAGGGAGGUUAGUGAAGAACUUUGGAAUCAAUGCCUGUAUGAUUGUUUGAUUGACCUUUCCUCCCAUGCAUGCAGUUCUCCCUCCCUCCUCUGGUUUAAAAUAGUAUUUUAAAUAAUUUAGAGUGAGACUGUUGUAGGCUCUGGAUCCAUUCCAGUCCGGCUUCCGCGCUGGUCAUGGGACCGAGACGGCUCUGGUUGCCCUAACAGAUGAUCUUCGUAGACAGCUGGAUCGAGGCGGGUCGGGGCUGCUGAUUCUUUUAGAUCUGUCAGCAGCUUUCAGCAUGGUCGAUCACGAACUUCUGGACCACCGCCUUGCCGACGUGGGGAUCCAGGGCACAGUCCUUCAAUGGCUGCGCUCGUUUCUCUCUGGUCGGGGACAGAGGGUGGCGCUUGGGGGGGAAUUGUCAUCGCACCACCCCUUGGUGUGUGGAGUACCUCAGGGUGUGAUACUCUCCCCGAUGCUUUUCAACAUCUUUAUGCGCCCCCUCGCCCAGCUUGUCCGGAGUUUUGGGCUGGGUUGCCAUCAGUAUGCUGAUGACACCCAACUCUAUCUGUUGAUGGAUGGCCAUCCUGACUCGGCCCCAGACACACUGACCAGAUGUUUGGAAGCUGUGGCUGGAUGGUUACGUGGGAGCCGGUUGAAGCUAAAUCUUUCGAAGACAGAGGUCCUGUGGCUGGGACGGGACGAUAUGGGAUUGAGGGGGCAACUCCCAUACCUUGCGGGGGCGCAAUUAGCGCCAGCACCGUCCGUUAAGAGUUUGGGUGUAAUCUUCGACACCUCCCUUUCCAUGGAGGUGCAGAUUGCAGCUACAACAAAGGCGGCAUUUUUCCAUCUCCGCCAAGCUAAGCAGUUGGCUCCUUACCUCUCUCGCCCUGACCUAGCCACUGUGAUCCACGCGACGGUCACCUCCAGACUGGAUUAUUGUAACUCGCUCUACAUGGGGCUGCCCUUGAGACUGACCCAGAAACUCCAGCGGGUGCAGAAUGCUGCAGCGAGACUCCUUACGGGGUCUUCGCUGCAAGAUCACAUUCACCCGGUGCUAUACCAGCUGCACUGGCUCCCGGUGGAGUACAGGAUCAGGUUUAAGGUGCUGGUUUUAACCUUUAAAGCCCUAUACGGCCUAGGACCCUCGUACCUACGGGACCGCCUCCUGGUAUGCCCCACAGAGAAACUUACGGUCUUCAAAUAAAAACAUCUUGAAGGUCCCAGGCCACAGAGAAGUUAGGCUGGCCUCAACUAGAGCCAGGGCUUUUCGGCCGUGGCUCCGAUCUGGUGGAACACUCUGUCACAAGAGACCAGGGCCCUGCGGGACUUGACAUCUUUCCGCAGGGCCUGCAAGACAGAGCUGUUCCACCAGGCCUUUGGCCAGGGCACAGCCUGACUCCCUCCCUCGGCAAUCUUCGUGGAGCUCUGGCCCAAUGGUUGCCAGUGGCUUGAAUUAAUUAAUUUUAUAAUGAAUGAUUUUAGAGUGUUGUUUGUGCUGUACUUUUGUACUGUUUUAUUGUUGUUAGCCGCCCUGAGCCCGGCUUCGGCUGGGGAGGGCAGGAUAUAAAUAAAAUUUUUUAUUAUUAUUAUUAUUAUUAUUAUUAUUAUUAUUAUUAUUAGGGUGGCAAGGACUUGUGUUACUAAGGAGUAUUUUCUGUUUCAUAGGUGUUCUUUAUAACCUGCUUGUUUUCUUUGUCUUACUGUCACAACUGUUUUAUCAGGCACUGUACUUCUAACCUGCUGUCUGUCUAUCAUUUCUUACCUCUGGCUUGUAUCCAAGUCCUAAAUAUAUAUUUUAAAUUUAGGCCCAUGAAUUUGGAAUGAUUUAAAUCACUGCGAUGGGUGAAUUCUGAUGCAAGGAGAAAGGAAGUCUUCACCUUCUUGCACAAAAAUCUCUCACAUUAACUUAUUAGCCACUGCCAACAUAAAUCUCAUAGCAUUACGCUGUUAAUGUGCUUUUUUGAUGUUUCCUGGCCAAUUAUGAACAGCUCUCUUCUUUUUACUUUUAAGCUUUCCUAAGUUAUAUGUUAAUUAGCUUUGAUUUUUUUUCUUAUUCUACUCUAUUUCCUUUGAAGAAAAAGCGAAGAAAAAAGAAGGUGAGUAUUCAGCUUAAUAGUUUGUAGGAUUACUGGAUGUAUUUGUGUGUGAUAUUGUAGUUUGUUUCAGAUACUGUAGAUCACACAUUGACGUGUGGCAUUUAUUGGCACACUUCAAAUGCUUGAUUUGUAUAAUUUUUCCAAUUCCUCCUGUAUGUCUUAUGCAGAAUGAACAACUUCGUCAGGAUGUAAUUGACUAUCAGAGACAGAUAGAUACACAAAAAGAAACACUUCUUUCACGAAGAGGAGAAGAAUCAGAUUACAGGUCACAGUUAUCAAAAAAGAACUUUGAGCUUGUCCAGUAUCUAGAUGAAAUUCAGGUAAACUUAAAGGGGUUGCCCUUGUCUUGCCUUUAUUUUCAGAAUUUUGAAUCUAAUAUAAACCUUCAGACUCUAUUAUUCUAUCUAGUGGGCUUUCGGAGUCUUUCCUGUCCCAAGGAUACUUAGUUAGGCAUUUGGGUUAUUGUGAGGAGUACUUCACCUUUCAAUAACUAGAGAAAUUUGUUACAGUGGUGUUUUAAUUUAUUUUUAUCCUGCUUUUCUACAAUAAUGACCAAAACAGCAUACAAGUAUCAGUGUAUUAAAAAUUAUUCAAAUUGUUUUUUGCUGUAUAUUGAUACAAUCAGCAGCACGAAAAUAGCAGAAGAUAAUUUAAAACAUCAGCAUUCAGUGAAUUUUGUAUCUUCUGCUGAUAUGAAGAUGGCAUAGCUCCAAUUUUUCUAGAUGGACGUCAGUAUGACACUUAGGAUAUGGCUCUUAAGAUCUCUUGAUUAUUAAUGUUGCAGAUGGCUUUGUUUUAGACUUUGGGGCUAAGAAGUAAGUGAGUAAUAUAUUUCAGUGGAUACAGCAGUGGUUGUCAGUUGUGGUGGUCUUGUGGUAAAAAUUAAUCCUACUUUACUUAGAUCUAGGGUUGGCUCUAUCAGUCUAUUUUUGAGUUUGCCAGAGCUGGCUUUUUUUCAAUUUUGAAAUGGGUUUCUCAUUAUAAAUAUUUUACUUUUAAAUUCAUAGAGUUUGACUGAAGCUAAUGAAAAAUUAGAGGCUCAGAAUCAGGAAAUGAGGAAGAAUCUAGAAGAAUCGGUGCAAGAAAUGGAAAAGAUGACUGAUGAGUACAAUAAAAUGAAGCUUAUCGUGCAGCAAUCUGACAUUGUUGUGGACCAACUAAAAAAGGAAAAGGAACAGUAUAAGUUUCAGGUAAAAUGUAACCUACCUUCUUUCCAGAAUCAGAUUAGUAAAGAUACUGUACAACUAUAAAAGACCUUAAAAUUGGAAUACAAUGGACCAAAACAGAGAGAUCAAAUCAGAAAGAUGACACUUCCUGCGUGACCACUGAGUGAUGACAAAUUGAUCAUUAAAUAAGUAUUUGAUUCACUUAGCAAAUAGAGUAAAAACUGGAUAACCAUUGAUUCCCUUUGUUAAUGCAUUUGGAGUAAUAUACACAUAGCUUGUAUUUUCAUACGUCAUAUUUCAGUCAUCAUAUAUCAAUGGUAUCUUACAGGUGCAUGAGUUAAUGGAGCAACUUAAAGCAAAGAAUGAAGAAGAUGACCCUCUCAUGGCAGCUGUGAAUGAAAAAGUGGAAGAAUGGAAGGUAUUGCAUAUCUUAUUUCAGCUACCUUUUAAGAUUUAUGUUUUGUUGAAGAUUUUCCACCUUACCAUAUUCUACUUUGCAGGGAAUCUUGGCUUCUAAAGAUGAAGAAAUCAUUGAGUAUCAGCAAAUGUUGUUAACUCUGAGAGAGAAGCUGAAAAUGGCCCACCUUGAUGCUGACAAGAGCAGCGUUAUGGCCCUCCAGCAGGUAGUUUUCUGUCCAAUAAGAAGAAACCAAACAAAUAUUUGUGUUAAACAUUAGAAAUCUAUGCAUUGAGUAUAGAGUACAACACAAUGAACAGAAAAAGUUUACUUUAUGUCCCCGUUUUAGAGGGGAGAUAUUACAGAUUUUGCCAUCAAUAUAUGUGCUUUCAGUGUACAAUGUAUUAUGUAAUCUUAAUAAUACGAACUAAUAAUAAUUUUAUUAUUUUUACACUGCCCAUCUGGCUGGGUUUCCCCAGCCACUCUGGGUGGCUCACAGCACAUAUCAGAACAUACUAAAACAUCAAACAUUGAAAGCUUCCCUAAACAGAGCUGCCUUUAUAUGUCUUCUAAAAGUCAUAUAGUUGUUCAUUUUCUUGCCAUCUCAAGAGAGGGUGUUCCACAGGGAGGGCGCCACUAACAAGAAGGCUUGUUGAGGGCUUUAAAGGUCAGCGCCAACGCCAACACUUUGAAUUGUGCUCGGAAACAUACUGGGAGCCAAUGUAGGCCUUUCAGGACCAGUGUUAUAUGAUCCUGAUGGCCACUCCCAGUCACCAGUAUAGCGACUGCAUUCUGGAUUAGUUGUAGUUUCCGGGUCACCUUCAAAAAUAGUCCCACAUAGAACACAUUGCAGUAGUCCAAGUGGGAGAUAACUAGAGCAUGCACCACUCUGGCAAGACAGUCUGCGGGCAGGUAGGGUCUCAGCCUGCGUACCAGGUGGAGCUGGUAGACAGCUGCCCUGGACGCAGAAUUGACCUGUGCCUCCAUGGACAGCUGUGAGUCCAAAAUGACUCCCAAGCUGUGUACCAGGUCCUUCAGGGGCACAGUUACCCCUUUCAGGACCAGGGAGUCCUCUACACCUGCCUGUCCCUCCGAAACGGUACUUCUGUCUUGUCAGGAUUCAGCCUCAAUCUGUUAGCCACCAUCCAUCCUCCAACCACCUCUAGACACUCACACUAGACCUUCACCGCCUUCACUGGUUCAGACUGGUUCCUACUUAUAGAGUAGGUUCACUGGUUCACCCUCACUGGUUCCUACUUAUGAAAUAUGAAACCUAAGUUUCAUUUGGAGGGGAAAUCUGAUGACUUCUCCAUGUGUUAGGAUUUUAAAAGAUGUUGUAGACCAAGAAUGUGUAUCUGUUAAAACAGUGCUUCAUUUUCUAAUGAGCUGCAUGUAUUAAAACUUACUAUAAACUUAGCUGAAACAUAUAUAUAUCUUUUCCAGCAUGAACUAUACCUUCUUUCACAUGUUUACAUUUUAUUAUGUUAUAAUCUUAUGUUAUACCCAACUAUGUCACACACUGAAUAGACACACUGAAAUCAAGCAAUUUAAACUAACCUGAGAUGAUUGAUUUCAAUGGAUCCACUUCAAGUAUAACUUAUGGUCUUCAGACACUAAACAUUUAGCUCUGAAGUUGAGGGUCACUAUUCAUCAGUGGGGCUGUGGCCCUAUUUGAAAGCAUGCCAACUUCUUUGCCUGUUCCUGCCAGCGGGGCCUUCAACAAUGAACAGCAACCUCUGGUUUACCUUUUGCUUGUACUUUCUCCAAAAGUGCAGAGUGAGGGGGGGUGGUAGCACUUCUCCCCAAAAAAUCUGUGGACCCCUGGAAUAUUCUCAUGCUAUAAUUUUAAUGUGGAAACUUCACAUGCAUGUACUGUGCACCCAUAGUAACUAACAUGUGGCUCUUUGGCAUAUGUUACCCUAGAGUAAAUUAUGAAAAGAACUGUUGUAUGCAGUUAAAAUGUUAGUUCUGUUUUCAUAUAACAGUAUAAGGUAAGUAAUAUCUGUCUGGACCAAAGUACAAAUUAAACUGAGUUUAGCUUUAAAAAAAGUGCCUCCUUUUUAUGAUGAUGCAGGAUGUGCAUUUUAUUUUUACCUCUCUGCUUUUAUUUUUGCUGCUUUUGCCUUUCCUUGUCGUUCUUCUAGAUAAUAUCAGAACUCUAUGUUGUAAGUACUUCUGUUUUUCUUUUAACAUUGAUCUUUUGUUUCUUAAUGGCUUACUAUCAGUGCUAUUAAAUAGGUACCAAAUUAUAUUUUUUCAGGGUGUGCAAGAAAGAGACAGUCAGAUCAAACUGCUCACGGAACAGGUUGAACAGUAUACGAAAGAGAUGGAAAAGAAUGCAGUGCUUAUUGAGGACAUGAAAAGAGAACUUCAAAAAGAAAAAAGUAACUUGUUUAUGUGUUUUGUGUAACUUUAGCAAUAUGUUUUGAUUGGAUUUGAAACUGAUUUUAUAACCUGGUUAAGACUCAAGUUUGGUUAGUGUUAACCAUGAUUCUUGUCUGUGCUGAACCCAUUUAUCAUGACUAAUACUGUGGAUUUUGUGCAUGAGACAAGAAAGCACAUAUUCUUGUGGACCACUACUGAGUGGGAGCCUUAUGUCUGCAUGGCCUCAUUAUGAUACGUUUCAACCAGUUGGAGGGCCACAUGCAGAGGCCAGUCCUCUGCAGGCCACUUCCACAAGUGGGCCAAACCACCCACCAGUCAAUCACCUGAGUUAAUAUGACGUCAGGUGAUUAAAACUUCAAGCCAUGGCUGUGAAGGAGGAUUCUUCCUUUCCUAGUAGCUGAAGCUUUCCCCAUGUCUGCAUCAGAGGACGUUAGGUAUGGGAGAGGUAGGUAUUGGUUAUUCCAAAUGUCCUGCUGGAUCUAAUUAAGCCCAGAGGUUCCCUACCAAUGGCCUGAACCUUUUAUGGAUAUUUCAUUUCCUGUUGUAUGUCUUAUGGUGCGUUAAUGAAUAUAAACCAUUCUUCCUGAGGUCUCACACAUUCCACAGGCAGGUUUGUCCUUAUAACUUCAGAUGUUUGAUCUUCCUUUGGAGAAAACCUCACCCAGUUCUGGUCCUGCUUACUGCAUGGAAGCAAGUUCUUACAGAGCUCCUGCUUUUGUAUGCAAGACUGAAUAUUUAAUGCUCUCCCCUUCCUGAAUUAGAUAUAUAUGAUGGGAAGGAGGUUUGAUUGUUACUCGCUGUGAGUCUCUUAAUUUGAAUUCACUGUCAGUAUGUCUUCCAGUUAGUUUCUCACCAACUUUCUAUGAACGUCUGUUGUAUUUUUUUAGGUCUGUCAUCUUCUGCUCAACAGGGCCAUAUUGGGAACAUCCAAGAGAAAUUACAUACGUUGGAACAGAAAACCAAAGAAGCUGAAAUGGUAGCAGAACUUGCAGAAGCUGAUGCAAGGGAGAAGGACAAAGAACUUAUUGACACUCUGAAAAGAAUGCGAGAUUAUGAAUCAGUAUGUAGUUUGAUUUGAUACAAUACUCUAAAAGGGUAUGGGGAAGACAAUAGCAAAUUUGUUAAAUGGGUCACACAUACUUAUAAAUAAUAUGUCCCUGAGGUGAUGAAAAAAUCUGUCCUGGAGUCCUUUUUUUUUAUUUAUAAUUUCUGUCCAUGCCAGAUCUGCCCCUUCCCUUGAAUAUAUUAAAUUAGCCAAAGUUGUUAGACCAUAAAUAGGUCGAUGUCUUGUGAUCAUGACAGCAGAACCACAGAAAAGAUGAAAAUUCAUUAAGUUUAAUUAUGCACAUAUAUAUCGAGCCAGUGACCCAUCUAGUCCAGCCUCCUGUUCUCAUAGUGCCAACCAGAUGCCUGUGGGAAGCUUGUUAGCUGCAGCCCUCUUCCCUCUUGUGGUUUCCAGCAGCUGGUAUUCAGAAGUCUCCAACAGUAGAGGUAGAACAUAUCUAUCAUGGUUAGUAGUCUUUGAAAGCCUUAUCUUCCGUGAAUUUGUGUUCCUAUAUUUCUUGGUUAAUCCAUUUGGUUAAUGCACUUCUUAGUUUAUCUGCUUUUCCUUUUCUAAGGGAAUUUAUGGCCUGGAAGAUGCUGUUGCUGAAAUAAAAGAUUUGAAAAAGCAAAUUAAAAUAAGGGAUCAUGAAAUUGAAACAUUAAUUAAAGAAGUUAACAAACUUGAACUUAAAAUCAAUGAUUUUCUUGAUGAAAAUGAAGACCUUCGUGGACGACUGGGUAUGUAUCAUGUUAACUCUUGGAGAUAUUUAAUUGUACAGCGGCCCUUAGAUAACCUUCCUAUGACCAGGGGGACUGCAAACUGAAAGCAAUUGAUCCUCUUGUGCUGCUCUAUCCUGUUCCAUUUCCCCCUUAUUUUAUUCUCACUGGAAACAAUGGAAGUGAAAGAAAUGGGACUGAACUACCCCUGUUCCACGGCUAUCAUACGCUCUGGUUUAGGAACAUGUUGGGACACUGGAAAGGCGUUGGAUCUUUAGGAACCAGUUGUUCCCCUGGUAUGCCCCAGCAAACCCAUGACACUGAAGCUCCAGUGUUAGGACAAGGACAGCAGAAUUUUUUGUGGCAGUGGGGAAGGACCAUCUGACAUCAUGUAAUCAAAAGGUUGGGUCCUCUCUCUCCCCACCUUCCCUGAGAGCAAGAGAUGCAGGGCUUAUUAUGACCCCUGUGCCAAAAGUGGAAAGUGCAAAUAAUUACAGAAGAAGUAGUCUCCCAGGGACAGUGUGAGAAACGUUUCACUAGGAUCUGAGAGUUGGUUUAUUUGCCAUUGUUAGGAAGCGUCUAGAACUGCCACCUAGUGCAUGCUCGUAAGUGUAUAUGAGAGUGCAGUUAGAGAAUUCUAGAGCAUAUUGCUGCUUUCAAUGAACAAUCUGAAAGCAACGGCUGUGGACUGCUCCUAGUGUGGCUUGCUAAAUGAGGAUCUUAGCAAAAAUAUCCAACUGAGUGAUAAUGUAGGAGGACAAUUCCCUCCCUACCCUAGAUCCCUCAGGCCAUCAUCCUUGACUGGAAUUCUUCUAAUUGAAUAUACAAAUUUCUGCAAUGUAUUACAUUUCAGGUCUUGAUCCCAAGACAAUGAUUGAUUUAACGGAAUUUAGAAACAGCAAAGCACUGAAACAGCAGCAGUACAAGGCUGAAAACCAAAUCCUGCUGAAAGAGGCAAGUGAUAAAUGGACAUAGUCAUGAUUUUCUUGUCUAAGCAUCUCAGUUGAUUCAUCUCGAUACCGUUUCAAUAAGAUUGAAAUAAUAAUAAUAAUAAUAAUUCUAGGCAUUUGAAUACAUUACAGAUUGAAAGACUAGAAGAAGAAAGAGUUGCCCUGAAACAACAUAUUCGUAAACUGGCUCAGGAGAAAGGAAGAAGAGCUGCAACAUUAGGUAGGCUGUCUCUGAAGUUACUUUGCGCCAUGCAGCAAACAAUAGAUGAUUCCAGAAGAACAUCUUUGUUUAUCUCUUGGAACAGUCUGAAUAAUGACUUUUUGGUACUGCUGAGGAAACGAAUUAAACAAUCCUUCUCAAAUUCAUUGAACUCUUGUUGGGAAUCUAGUGUGGUCUUUGGUUUCUAUGACAGUCCUAAACAGAUGAUUAUAGCAUUUGCCUUUGAAUAUAUAUCUAGAGGGAGAUGCUAAACCUCCCUAGGUAAUCUGAUCUGCUAAAUUGUUUCAUUUAAGCAAUAUCUGCCUCCUGUGAGAUCUCGGCAUCCCGGCUGGCCAGUUCCUAUCUGUGUUCUAUCUAGACCCUUAAUCUCUUCCUAAAUCAGGUUGGAUGUGUGAGGACCAAUGUUUUUGUGGUGCAGGCUCCUCAGAGAUAAUGAGAGAUCUUUCUUUUAAGUUACGUACAGAGUUUUUUCACAUGACUUGCUUUUGAGACUUUUUAUUGCUACUGAGGUCAACCUUGCAUUGUUUUAAAUUUUAAAGUACUGCUUGUAAACUUUGUUCUGAGUAGGAUUGGAUACAGAUGACCUACAGCUGAUUGAUACCUUUACUGAAGAUCUGAAGAUGAGAAGGAGUAAAUAUGAGUUUAUGAGUACAGUUAACGUUGACGAGGUUAAAGAAAAGGUAAUGGCCUAAGUUUUAUUCAUUGUAAAUUCCAUUUUGACUGAUUUCUUAGAUUGGAGUAUCAUUGAAUUAUCUUUUUAAAAAAUAAAAAUAAAGCAUUGUAUACAAAAAAAAUCUAUAUUGAAAUUAUUUAAUGUGUGGCCAUCUUGUUAAUUGCUUUCACGUAUAAUGAAUGCUGAUCUUUAUUCUGUAAAUAGCAAUUAGUGUAGUACAGAAAGAAAAGCAUAGCUUCUCCUAAAACAAUACUCUUUUCCCUGUUGUGGGAGACAACGGAGGAAAAAAGUAAAACUUUGAGGAAUGGAUUGAGAAGAUCUGGAACGUGUUAAAAGUUUAUUUCUCUGAAAAAGUGAAAGCAUAUUUUCUUUUCUUUUCAGUUGAGUUUUCAGCUUGAUUCAGAGAUACAAGUGAAUGAUAACUGUGAUGGCUCCGAGUCUUUUACAGUAGAGGAACUUUACAGUUCAGUAAAGCAGCAAUCUAAAGAAAUGCUAGGGACAGCUUUAUGUCCGGUCAGUUACAGUGAAUCGAAAGAACUGAGAGCAGACUGUCCACUAUCAUUUUCUGCUAUGCAAGGGAAACAAAGGGCUAGUAAAAGACGACAAAGACAGGAAAGGCAGAUGAAGAGAACUGAAGCAUCUCGGGUUCAGACCCUGUCACUGGAUUUCCAGGAAGGGCUGCCUCUUUCUCUGCUUGGAAAGCCAGUGUCCUCCUAUGUAGUGCAGGAGGUCCUGUUGCGAGAUGAGAAGGACAAUUCUGAAAUAAAAUUGUUGGAUUUAAGAACUGAUAUGAGAGAGAUGGGGAAAGACCAGAUCUAUUUUCCAGAAUCAUGGCCAGUAGAACACAUGGAUGAAGGACUUGAUUGUGGCCUGCGAAUGAAUACAUAUCAGAUAGAUCGAGUUGAGAGUCUUAUAAGGCAGUUGAGGAGUGAAUUAAUGUUCCUUAGGUCAGAGGUGAGACAUCUUCGUAUGUGCUUAAAUUUGUGCCUUCCAUAAUUGAUUUGUUUUGUUUUGUUUAUGAAUCGCUUCAUUUGAAACAUCUUGAAGCGAUUACCAAGUAAAACAAUUUCAUAUUUAAAACUAAUCCACUGUAAUACAGAUGAAUGUGCCGCAUUUGCAAACAUGUUUUAUAUAUAUAUAUAUAUAUAUAUAUAUAUAUAUAUAUAUAUAUAUCUAUAUCUAUAUCUAUAUAUAUAUAUAUCUAUAUCACACACACACACACACACGCUUUCUAGAGUAAAGCAUAAAGACUGGGACUUCAGAAACCCAAACCAAUUAUUUGUCACUGUCUGGUGUUAAGAUUGGCUGUACUCGCCCAUAAAAGUGUUUGAGAAUGUUAGUAUCAUUGCAUCAUUACAAAAAAGAUCAUCCCAGUAAAACGGCAGUGACUGUGUUAUUGAUAGAUACCUUGUUGUGACUCAUUAUGAAAGGCAACUACAAAUAAUUAAAACUGAAUUGUGAGGCAUAUAGAAUGUGAAAGUCUUUAGGAGUUGAAAUUCAAAUGCAUUAAUUAUUACUUGUUCUCUAGAACGAGCAGAUAUUGAAAGACUUGUUCGCCAAGAAUACCCUGAAUAAAAGCGCAGAGCUAGAGCUUGACAGACACAGGAGCCAGGAGUUUGAGGUAGUUCAGGGUUUCCCCCUGAGAGAUAAAGUCAUGAUAGUCCAUAUUAAGAGACUAAUAAGUAUUUUUCUAAUAACUUAGUAUAAUUUGACUGAAUAUACUGUCAUGCAAAUUGUAGCGUUCCCUUUUUACAAAAACAUUCUUAUUCUUAUUAUUCUCUCCUUAUUACAAAAACAUUAUUGCUGUUUUGUUUGAAAUACAUGAAAUGCAAUAUGCUGUCAUACAUUGUUCAAAAUGCAGGUUAGAUAUGAUUUUUUGUCUCAUUUAACAUUUUUUCAACAACUCAGUUUAAAAAAUGAGCCUUUUUAAAGUUCUGGAAACACAUUUUUAUGGCAAUUCUGUUUUUAUUGGCAGAAUAACUACCUUACCAAAGAAUUAAAGGAACGUGACAGGGACUUGGAACAAAACAGGGCCAUGAUAGCCAAGUUUCAAUUGAAAUGUAAGCAUAAAUUUUAAUUUACCUAUAAAAUAAAAGUGCUAAAGCAAUGGUUAAUAAGUCAGGCAAAAAUACACCAUCUUGUUGUUUUGUUUUAUAAAUCUUGCAAACCUUGUAGUAUCUACAUUGAAUCCAAGUUUGAAAAUAUUUUCUGAAUGAAUCGUUUUGAGUAACAACUCUUGCUAAAAUUCAUUAAUAUCUCCUCUUGGACGUGUGGAUACCAUAACUAGAAAACCAGCUGAAAUACAUAUGAACUUGCAAUUGUCCAUUGCAAAGUGCGUGGAAAUGAACUAUAUGUAAUGUAAUUGCAGUAAAAGAAUUGGUACAAGAAAAUAAGCACCUUGAAGAAGGCAUGAAAGAAAUCCUACAAGCUAUAAAGGACAUGCAGAAAGAUCCAGGUGUGAAAGGUGGAGAAACUGCUGUAAUCAUUCCUAGUCUGGAACGAUUAGUAAAUGUAAGUCUGUAUUUCAUUACUUACUUAGUUUAGCUGAAUCUGUUUAGCUGAAAACAUUAAAAAGAUUUCAUGAUUGCUUGCCUUAUGUAAGCAUGACACAGGUAUGAGACGAUAAAGGAAAUUGGGUUUUGGAGGGGAAAGUGUAUCCUUACCAAAUACUUUGAACGGGUUAUAAAACGUUUUUUGAAACAACAAAGGCAGCAAAAAUAUAGUUCAGGUGCUUGCAAACUCGUGUUGAAAUUCUAAGGAUUUUGCUUCCUUCCUACAUAAUUGCUAUCUGGAGAGGCUGUUCUCUCCAACUAUGACAUGGUCUGCACUGGAAGGCAUGGGGUAUCUCUCUUGAGCCUUUCUUAUCCCUCUUCAGCAAAUGGUCGCAGGGCCAUGACCUAGUGUGAAGAGCCAAUCUGCGUUGGCUUUCUCCCUUUGAUAGGCAAAGUGGAAGAAAGGAAAGACUGAAUGGAUGGGCAUUGGGAUUUGUAGCUUGGAUUGCUGUAGUCUGCCCUCGGGGAAUCUGCUUAGUAGUCAAGCUGCUGUAGUGCAGCGGCUAAGCAACUGAGCUGCACUUUGCAAUUUGAUUCUUGUCUGUCCUGUGUGCUAAAACGCUAUACAAAUCAUGUGGUAAUGGAAUUAACUGUUGCAGAAAAGAUCCAUGCCCCCCCCAAUACAUUCGCCAUAUGUAGAAUCACACUUUUGCAGUAUUCCUUUCCAUUGCAGUUUUAUUCCUCAUGCAGAUAGCAUGUUUUACUCUUUAAAUGGCCAGAUUUACUGUUUGGCUUUAUAUAGUUUUAAUUGAACUUGGCAUGUAUUUGUUAACAGAGGAAUCUAGGCGAUUGGUAGAGUGCAUUUAUGCAUGGGAAAAAUUACCAGACUUGUAUCUCCAUGUAGGGCUAGGAGAAGAGAGUUUAACUUCAUGGAAAGCACUUACUUUCUUUUAUGGUGAAUCAAUUGUUGGCAGGCAAUUGAAUUAAAGAAUACAGAAGGAAACUUCGAUUCUAGCAUACAUUUAAAGACGCAAGUUGACCAACUAACAGGACGAAAUGAAGAAUUAAGGAAGGAACUGAGGGAAGCACAAAAAGAAGCAGUGAAUUUUUCCAAUCAGCUUUCAAAAGCAAAUGCCAAGGUAUGCAAGCUAUCUUAGCCUUCAAAAGUAGCCUAGGUAGCAAUACAAAGUGAAGUACACAUGGGUUUCUUUCCACAGCUCCUCAUAUGUGUCAUGCAAGAUUUGAUUGAUAGACAAAGGAGGACCCACUGAAAGAGUGCUGCUUUAGUGUGGGGUAUUAUGGGUGCAUACUGGGCCCCUGAUAGUGAUGCUGUAACUUCUGCACACCCAAACAGCUGCUCAUCUGACCAUCACUGAAAGCAGCUUUUUAAAAAUUGUGGCGCUUCAGAAACAUUUUUAUUUGGUGUAAGCUUUCUGGCUAGUAAUGACAAUAUUUUGCAAUACAUGUAAAUGAUAUACUUAACAUAUUUAAAGUUUUUCAGUGAUUCUUUGCGCCCUAUUGUUGCUUAUAUGUUUCAGGUUGCCUCUUUAGAAAAUGAGAUCGAUUUGCUGCGGCAAUCAGAAGAUGCCAGCGUGGUGUUCAAAGCAGUAAAUCUUCCGGAAGGAAUGGCUCCAUCUAGUGUAAACAUAAUAAAUUCACAGAAUGAAUAUUUAAUAUACCUUUUGCAGGUAAAUACUUUAAAACAGACUAGUGGGUGUAUCUUAACAUGUUUACCUCUGCCCAUUCUCUCUCUCUCUCUCUCUCUCUCUCUCUCACACACACACACACACACGUAUGUGCAUAUGUAUGUAUAUACCAUGGUGGUUUCAAAGCCAUGCAGUAUUUUAAUGAAAAACAGAUCAUUCUAUAUUCAAAGUUUCUUAUUCAUGGCAGUUCAGUAUCUCAUCAAUGGUUUUUAAAGUAAUAGCGAAAGGAACAAAAUCCUGUUCACAUAUCUUUUAUGUAACCUUGAUAUUAUUAUUUAAGGUGAAAACUGAUAUUACAUCUUGAACUGCAACUUUUCCCACAGACAAAUAUAUGUGAUGAGGUCAGUCUUUGUAGAAUAUUUUAAUUCAGAAACAUAUAGCUAUAGGAAGGCACUCCAUUUUAUAUAUAUUAUAUCCAUUAGAAUUGAAGCUGAGAUAUGUCAUGCAAUUAAUUUGAAGUGUAUCAUUAGGAACUGGAAAAUAAAGAGAAGCUGCUGAAGAAAUUAGAAGAAGCGCUAGAAGACUAUAAAAGGAAAGUUGCAGUUGCCCGCCACCAGCAAGGCUUGCUGUAUAAAGAAUAUCAAAGGUAUAAUUCUGAGGAUGAUAUCUUGGUAUAGUAGCCAAAGAAGGUGAAUUACAAUAAAUAAGGUGUUUCUAGGUGAAUUACAAUGCAACCAUAAAAUCGAACACUACAGUUAAAUAGUGUAUUUUUAUCUUUUUUGGAGCAAAAUUUUUAUUUUUUUCUAGAAAACAGUUAUGGGGCAGCAAACUAAUGUUGUUAAUAAAAAUUAAUAAAUUAGUACUUAAAUUAAUAGUUUUUUAUUCAUAUUAAAUAAAUAUAAAUUAAUUAAAAGGGUUUCACAUACCCUUAAUAAUUCUGGUGCCAAGGAUUGUUCAGCUCUAGUACGUAAUGCUUAUAUUCAGCCAUGCUCUGUAUUGAUGGAAGAGUUAACUUGCUCUUUCUAAAAUCUGUUUCCCCUCUAUUGGCAGCUUAUAAAUCUUUUGUUCUGAACUUUCAGACUUCAGAUUUUACCUAGCACAAUAUGACACAAUAGUUGCAAUAAUGUGUUUUACAAAAAGGAAAAAAGCUCUAAACAUCCAUUUACUUAUUUUAGUGAAAGGGAACACUGGCAUACUGCUGGUGAAAAAAUACAAGAAGAAAAGAAAAGAUUGGAACAUCAAAAGGAGCAAGAUGAUGUAAAAAUAAAAGAAUAUUAUGUAAGUAGUGAUCCUAUAUUCAUGGGCUUGGGUGCCAGGAAUGACAAGUUCCACAUGAGACAACAAGGCUUUCCCACCUCCUUCCUGCUAUGAGCCCUUUCAUCUCCUGAAAUGCUGUUUCUAAAGGUUGGAUUAUUUUAUAAAGAAUAAUGUGGGGUCUGGCAAGGUUUUUGAGGGGAGAUUUGCAGUGAUUUCUCUCAUGCCCAUGUCUCAUCUCAUGCAGUUCUUAGGAGUGGCUUUUCCAGGAGUACAUAGGACUGGGAGGAGGGGAGAAGAGGCCUGUUAUGCACCAAUGUAUCUGCUUCUGUUUAGCUAGAUCAAGGCCACAGACUGCUUAAAAUACAUGUUAAUACUCACAUCACAGUGCCAGUGACGUUUUUAAUCUUCCCACAGAAUUUAUUAGAUGCACUUGAAAAGAAUAGCGAUGACUUUAAACGGCUAUUUGCGGACUACAGUAGAAAAAUAACUGUUCUGAGGGUAAAUGAAAGGUCACUGGCAAGGCAGUACACGACCGUACUUGAAAUGGAGAAGCAUCUCCGGAAAGAGAAUGAGAAGAUGAAGGCCGAGUUAAUAGCUGUGGAGGCUGCAGUUGGAGAAAAGAUUGGCCGUUUGCAAAGGUUCAAGGUAUGUUUUAUAUAUCAUGCCAGCUCUACUCAGAUGACGAUUGUGUGCAAGAUGCUUUUGUAUGCAAAGCAGCAGUGAGGUUGUGCUUCCUGAACCAUUUCCAGCAUCACAUCCUCAGGCAGCACUGACUGUGUGCCACCCAACAUUUGAAAAGUAAUCCCAAGUGUUGCACACAUGCUGCUCAUAAGAGCACCAUAUGGGUCAUAUUCCUACUCAAUUCAGCUGUCCUGAUUGUGUGGAGCCUCGAUACUUCUCUUUUUCAAUAGGAUUUAUCAUGUACUCUUUCCAAGUGUCUCUGCAAAAUCCAAGCUGUUUUUGAACUUUUCAAAAAUGCCACAGCUAUUCUCACAGUACAGUUUGGCUUCUAUAUUCCUAGUGACCUGCCGCAGUAUUUUUGAGUGCACUUUCAGCAUUCCUCCUUUUUCGAAUGCCGUAUAGACUGUUUCUUCCUUCUUUGUUCAGGAAAUGGCAACUUUCAAGAUGGCAGCAUUGCAGAAAGCGUUGGAUGAUUGUGUACCUCUGAAUGAUCUGGAAAUGGCUAAUAAGCAGUAUAAUGAAUUAACGGCUAAAUACAGGGAUAUGCUACAAAAAGAUAACUUGCUUGUUCAAAGAACAACUAAUUUGGAGCACUUAGAGGUAAUACUACCAUGCUACUUUGAGAUAACUUUAUAUUGAGUAUCUACAUUUCUCCAUCUCAUUUUUAUGCUGGUAGUGCAGGUCCAGCAGAAGAUUCAGCUGCCUAAUAUUGUAGGCAGGAUUUGAAAGGAAAACAAACUUUUUAUUGUCCUUCCCAAAUACUAUUACAGACCACUAGUGCUUUAACUAUAAAAACAGAGAGGGAAGGAUAUACUUAGGUGUGCUUUUCAUAGUGAUCUCUUUUGAAAGCUACUUACACUUUAACUUGGGAGACAGCACUGUAUGGAUGGAUCCCUUUCUUUUAAUUGGUGUCUAACAUUCUCUCACUGCUUGCACAAAGCAAUAUUUUUGUUUUGUUUUUAAACUGUUAUUAUAUUUUAAUUUGUCUUUAAAUUGUUUUUGGUGUGCUACAUCUUGCCAUGCCAUAUAGCGUGAAAAUGCAUCCCUGAAAGAACAGAUUGAGUCUUUAAACAAGGAGCUGGAAAUUACAAAAGAGAAACUUCAUACACUUGAACAAGCUUGGGAGCAAACAGCAAAAUUGGGUGAGUGCAUUGUAUUAUGAUCAUUUUAUUGCAAUGAGAUGAUACAUGUUUUCUCUGUAAACCUGGUACCUUAAAAUGUAGAGUUGAACAACAUUUUGAAAUGCAAGCCUUCUUAUUCUUAAAUUAACAAGAAUCCAAACAUUCACUUGAAAGCUUGUUCGUAUUCUUAAAUGGUAUUCACACAAGCCUAGAACUUUUUUUAAAGGGAAAAAUAAAAGGGAAAAUGAUGUUGAGCUCAAUAUAUCCCCAAAGGUAUCUGUGAUCAUUAGUACAACUUACCUGUUAUUAGAGUGUUUUAUUUGCGAAGACAACCCCUAUAGUGUAUUAGAAGUGAGAUAUCCUGUCAAGAUUCUGCCAAAGUCUGAAAAGAUCAACCCAGUCCCUUUGAUAAAAAAGGGAAGUAAUAAUAACUAAAGAAGGUAAAGGGCAAUUAUAAAUGAUAUUCCAGUUCUGAACUAUGCAAAAGAAGAUGUUUUAAAUAUUUUGAAAAAGUUGAAGAUUUCUGCCUCUGUUCCGUACUGCAGAUUUUAUAUUGUUUUGUUUUUAAAAUGUGUCUGUCACUAAAUUUUUCCAUUUAUAUUAUUGUCAAUUUGUAGGAGGAGACAGUGCUACAGAUAAGGCCACAAAAGCCAUAACAAACAGUGAGAUUGUUUCUAUUUCUAAGAAAAUUACUAUGCUGGAAAUGAAAGAACUAAAUGAAAGGCAAAGGGCAGAGCACUCUCAGCGAAUGUAUGAACACUUACGGAACACAUUAAAACAAGUGGAAGAACGCAAUUUUGAACUGGAAACAAAGUUUGCUGAGGUUGGCUGCUGAGCUGUGAUUACAUAGUUUGCUUAAGGUGUUGGAAAAUGCAUUAGCAUACUGUUCUCUUUAAUUACUCCUAUCAUUCCUCCGCGCCCCCCCCCCAAUAGUUUCUUGGAGCUAGAUGCAUUUAGAGAUAUUGCGCUGUUUGAGAGACACUAUUGAGUAAGGUGGAAAGUAGGCAUAUAAGGUUGACAAAUUCCUAACACCUAGAAGAAACAGCUUUAUGACCAAGCCAAACAUCACAUUAAACUGUAGUUAGAAAUAAACUGUGGAUUAAUGUGAAUACGCAGGAUGUUGGUUCAUUCUGCUGAAAGGCUCUCAUUCCAUUUCUCUCGCCCAGUUAAAUUUGAGGCACAUGAACUAAGAGAGUGGCGUUUUGGGGCAAGUUUAUCACAAGCUGAAUCCAAGAUUGUUUGUAGUUAGUGUUUGUAAGGCUCCUGUAUCUUGAAGUAGUCAGAGCAGGCGGAAAUUCAGCCCAGGAAAGACAUGCUGGUGUUCUAAAUUACAGCCAGCUGUGCAUGCCGUGAGUCCUCAUAAUCCUAUCAAAGAGUGCCACAAACACCUGAUAAUGCAUGUUGUCUACCCAUGUACUAACAGGUUGUUGUUUUGGACUGAAUGUAGUGUUCUGAUUCUGAAUAUGUUUACCAAACUUGCCAUGUCUUAGCUUACAAAGAUCAACCUUGAAGCACAGAAAGUGGAACAGUCUUUGCGAGAUGAACUAUCAAGCAGUGUGAGUAAAGCAGUCAGCGAGGCAGAUAGAUGUCGAAUUAUGGACCUGGAGAAAAGUGAAACUGAGCUCAAGAUUGAAGUAUCAAAGUAAGUUUAAAGGUUCUUGCAUUACUCAGCUCUGCGUAGAAGAGGUGGCGGGGGGGGGGAGAGAAUACUUCCAAAUUUAUUUGAAUUUCCCUCUAGAACUGCCCCCCUCUGCCCUUAUAUGCAUGCACACAUGUCAUGGGAGCCUUUUAAAGGGAAAAUUGUGGGGAAUGACACUGGUUUUUCACUUUAAAACCCAACCAUUCCUCAUCCUGGAGCUGCUUUAUGACCUGGGGAAAGUUUAAAGAGUAAUUGGGAGGUCUUUGGGGAAGAUUUGCAAAGGAAAUGUUGAAAUUGUGUACGCAUGCUGCUUUUUGGAGUCUAGUUUUGCUUAAUUAAAAUUUUAUCGGUCAUUUUUUCAGGCAGCUUUAUGAUAAAAUAAUCAUAAAAGAGUAAACAUACACGCAUUAUUGUAUUUGUAUUCUGCCUUUCCAUAGUUAAAACCAUGCUCACAGUGGCUUACGACAUGAAAAUAUUUACAUAAUUACAAAUUAACAAAGGUAGAAAUAAACAACAAAUAAAUCACAUCAGAAAGUACACAACCAAAUUGAAAAUACCCACAUAAAUCAUAAAUUACAAAAAUAAAGAUACAAAAACAAUAUCACAACCUAAGAGUCUGUUCAACAGCCUCAACUUUUGUAGCUGAAGUCAGUCAGGGCCCAGCCUUCCCAGGCGAGGUGGGAAAAGGUCUGUAAGGCAGAGUGUGCAGGUAUAAAAUACAUAAUAAAUAUAUAAAAACAUUACAAAAAAUUAUACAGCAUCAGCAACUGAAACCUUUUCAAUUCCACAGAAUAGAAUCUAUGUUUGGAAGCAGCUAUAAAAAAAAAACCUACACGUGUUUAACAUAGUGGUCUGGAUUGCAUUGUACAGUGGGUGCUCGGGUUGCGAACGUGAUCUAUGUGGGAUGCACGUUCGCAACCUGCGUCUGCGCACACAUGGGUUGCGAUUUGGCGCUUCUGCGCAUGCGCGACCGCCAAAACCCAGAAGUAACCCAUUCCGGUACUUCUGGGUUUUGGCGGUCAGCAGCCCGAAGAGACGCAACCUGAAGUGGCCGUAACCCGAGGUAUGACUGUAAUGUGAAAUCAUGGUUUAGUGCUGUAUGGAUGAGGCUCAAUGAGCCCAAAUGAAGUGCCUGGCUUAAAUGAGCCCUGCUUUGCCAUUGUAUUCAGAAGACCUCUGCUAAGUUAUAGUAUCACUUUUACAGAAUCUUGGCUUGGCGUUAUGCACAAACCAAGGAUCAAACAAUGGUUUCACAAGCCAGCAGAACCUAGGGUUUGAAAAUGGCUUCUUAUGAAAUGUACCUGGUUGAAAUGUAAUCCUAAAUCAAGAGUAUUUAAAAGGGAAACUAAACUCUGAAGAUGUCCUUUCACCAGACCUGCAGAAGAAUGCGAAAGGGGGAGUGUUGGGAGCCAGAUCUUUUGCUCAGGCUUGCUGUAGCUUGUCCACAUAGCUUUAAACCGUGUUGCAUGUGAAUGCAGCCAGUAUGUGGUGGGCUACAACUUAAUGUAAUCAGCUCAUUUAUGGCAUCAAAACCCAGUAGUGUUAUGUGACACAACUAUUCCAUGUGGCACUGCAUAUGGACCUAGUGAUAGUGCUGUUGUGACAAUGUUCCAGCUUUUAACCACAUUCUCAACCUGUAAACAGUCUUCAGGAAACAGAGAAUCAAACAGCUUUUUCAUCUGCUAGACAUUUUCAUCUGCUAGCCUUAAAUGUGCAGCAGUUCCAUUCAACAUAUAUCCUUUCAGUACUGUUUUUUAUUAUUUGCAUAGUGGGGGAAAAAGAAAAAGGGAAUACUGUUACCCUUGCAGUAUUUUUUGGUAAAUAGGUUUCACUUGUCUUGCUAGGCUAAAAGAGCUGUCUGAUAUUGCCAAGAUGCAAGUUGAUGCUUUGGAGAAUCGCCAGCAAUCCAGAGAGAAAGAAGUGGAAUCGCUCAGAAUGCAGAUUUUGGAUUUUCAGGUAUGGGCUAUCUCUGCUUAGAAGCAUAACCAUUCACCCCUGUGACACAGAUAAUAAGCCCAAUACCAUGUAAAUGCUUGGCGGAUGCAUUUGAUUAUAAUAUAUAUUUUUAUCUUACUUGCUAUUCAGGCACAAUCAGAUGAAAAAACACUUGUUGCAAAAUUACAUCAACAUAUCGUGGCCCUUCAGGUUAGUGAAGCCACUGCUGUGGCCAAGUUAGAGGCUGCCAUGUCAAAACUUCAGAAGAUGGAGGUGGCUAAUAUGCGCCUAGAGCAGAAACUGGAUGAUAAAGAGCAAGCAUUGUACUAUACACGACUCGAGGGGAGGAAUAGAGCUAAGCAUCUCCGCCAGACUGUACAGUCACUGCGACGACAAUUCAGUGGUGCUUUGCCCCUGGCUCAGCAGGAGAAGUUCUCCAAAACUAUGAUUCAGCUUCAGAAUGACAAACUUAAGACUAUGGAUGAGGUCCAGCUUGCUCAGCAGGAGCGCCGAAAUGCAGAGAACAGAGCACUGGAGCUGGAGACAAAGCUAAAAGGAUUAGAAGAACUAAUAGCCACAUUGAAAGAUACAAGAGGAGCACAGAAGGUUUGUGAUAUAACAACUUUAAAUAUAUAUUUGAGAAUUGACUCUCAGUUCAGAUAAAGUUUUGGGGUUUGUUUGAUUUGAUUUUUCAUUUUUAUUGCCUUGAUUAGCCAAGAGGUAAAAGCAGCAUCUACUUAUCAAUGUCAAUUGACAGAAUGUCAAUUUCCACUGUAAAAAUGCCAGUCACCCCCAUUUGAAUGUGUGUUGUAGUCCAUUAGUGCUUCAUCACUCAGAUUCUUUUGUAUUCAUAUUUAAUCACAUGCACACAUUCUUCAUUUUGUUAAUCUGGGCCAAAAUGCAAAGAAUUAAUGAGGUGCUUGCUUGUGCCUCUACCCAUGCACCAAGAAUUCUACAUGGUUAUGCAUUUUUCCCCAACCACCACUCCUUUCAACCAAAUUCUCCUGAUUUUUGAGAGAAACUCCACCAUGAGCUAGUUCAUCUUUUUUUCUGCAGUAGUUUGGCACUAUUUGGAAUCAGUUCGGUCCUUAGAUUGUUGUCAGAUUUGGUCAUUUGUGUAUUGUCAGGUAAUUGAGUGGCAUAUGAAAAUUGAAGAGCUUCGUCUUCAGGACCUUAAACUGAACCGCGAAUUAGCCAAGAAAAAGGAAGAGAUUAAAUAUUUGAACAAUAUCCUUUCUGAAUACGAACGUACCAUUAAUAACCUGGAAGAAGAAAUUGUACAGCAGAGCAAGGUACAGAAAAGCAAGUUUAAAAAAAAAUUAAUAUAACUUUAGAAAUUCUGCAGAGAAAACUCCUACAAAAGUUUUGCUGCAUGUAACGUGAAAAAUGUUCCUGUAUCUAGCAUAUAUUUGUGCUGCUCUCAGAGGCUGUGUACAGUCCUUAUUAAACCCCUUAAAUCUUGUAGUUCCAUGAGGAGCGGCAGUUGGCCUGGGAACAAAGAGAAGUAGAAUUAGAACGUCAGCUCGACACUUAUGACCGUCAGCAGAAGGACAUAAUUAGAACUGCUCAGAAGGUACCUGAUUUCAUACUGAUAAGUCCCAUAACACGUCAAGUGUCAUUCUUCCACCUGGUUGUCGCCUGAGGUUGGUCUCCGCCUGUCUGCGCAAAACAACCUUUUCUGUUUACUUCUCUGCAGUUUGAUGAAGCUACAGGAUCAGUUCCAGACCCCAGCUUGCCCCUUGCACAUCAGCUUGAGCAAGCUUUAAGGAAAAUACGAGAACACGUCCGAACUAUCCUGGAAGUGCAAGCCACCUGCAAAUCCUUAGAAGAGGUGAUUGGAUUGUUCAGCUAACCGAAUCAUAUGCUUUUAGUGAUUUAUAGCGUAGAGAUUUUGCCUCCAGCAGAGGAGGGUAUCUUUAGUUGCAUUGCUCCUUCCUCUCACUCCAGAAGGCUGUUCAAUUUUAAAAUCUUUUUUUUUAACCUUUUAUUUAUUAAAUUUGUAUGCCACCUUUUACCAAAGGAUCACACAGUGAUUCACAAUGUAAAAAUAUAAGAUGAGAACAUAAAAUUCAUAAUGGAACAAAAAGAAAAAAAAUCUGAAUAAUUUCUUCUACAAACCCAUUUAAAAGACCGCAGAAUGUUACUCAGCCAAAGGCUUGGUUAUAGAGAAACAGUUUGGCCUGGCACUUAAAGAUAUGUAAAGAAGGCGCUAGGCUAUCAGGUUGGGCUUUGACUCCACCUGGUGGUCAAAGGCAGGAACAAUGUCUUGGGAAGCCGGUAGCUCCCAGAAUGCACUUCAGUUGCUUCUGCCUUUGAUUAAAACAGCUAUGCUGUGAUGUUCUUUGUUGGUUGUCUAGUUCUGUUGACCUAAAAAUGAAUAAUAUAUCAUCUAUCUAUCUAUCUAUCUAUUCUGGUCCUGCCCCCACCACUUGUUUUUCACAGCUCCCCACUUGCCUUUAUUUCCCCACCCUUUUCUCCAUGUUGAAAAAAGAAGAAGAAAUCCUCUCAAUUAUUUUUUGUCAUUUUUGGUAACAGAAAUUUAUUUUAUUACAGAAACUGAAAGAAAAAGAAGCUGCUUUGUGGAAAGCGGAGCAAAGUAUCUUAUCUAGAGACAGGAUCAUAAAUGAACUGAGACUUCGAUUGCCAGCAUCAUCAGAGAGAGAGAAACUAAUAGCAGAGCUUGGACCAAAAGAAGAGGACUCUGCUGCCUCUCCUCGUGCUCUGAAAAUUGCACACCAGACAAUUGCAAAUAUGCAAGCAAGAUUAAAUCAAAAAGAGGAAGUGUUGAAAAAGUACCAACAUCUUUUGGCCAAAGCAAGAGAGGUAUUUACAAUACAAAAUGCAUGAGCUGUUAUUGUAAAAAGCCCUGGAAAUUUUGAAUUGAAGGGCUUUGUAGAAUUUUUUAAAUGAAUGAAUGAAUGAAAUGCAGGACCAUAUGAACUGGGCAGUGGUGGCACAGAGGUGCCAUUUGUGUGAAUUGGUGUUUCCAACAUGACUUGGGACUGCAUUAUUUUGAGUGCCAUUCAUGCGGAAAAGUCCUGAAUAUGUAGCAUAAGGAAGUAAAGGAAGUUAAAAGUGACUUCUGUGUUUGGAAAACUUGAAUAGUAUUACCUUUUGUUGUGGACAUCCUUUUCAGUUUCUUUUGCAUUUAGCAUGAUAAGAUUAACUAUUUGAAAUUUUUGUAGAAUAGAAUGGGCACAGAAACAAAUAUAUAUUUUUUGCACUAUUUAGGAACAAGAGGAAAUUGCAAAGAAACAUGAAGACGACCUCAGAGUGCUACAUCAAAAGUUAGAUUUACAUGCUGACAGUUCUUUUAACAAAUUCAAGCAAACUGCAUUAGUAAGUAUAAGUUUUAUUCAUGAUGUAUGCAUUUGAGGAUUUGGGGAAUAAAGAUAAGAUGGGGACAGAAUUGAAAUAUGGUGAUUUCUUAUCCUUUUUGGCUUGGAUCCAGCAAAGUUCAGAUGUAAAGUACUUUGUGGAAGCUGUCUCUUUUCAGCUGCCCACCCCACUGUCAAAACACUGGUCCCAUGGGUUGGAGACAACCUUGGGAAUUAUUUUUAUGUUUGUUGUUUUUAAAGAGAAAUGCAUAUGGAGUGGGAAGUCAACGCAGAUCACUGUCCCACCUAUUGAGUGAGCUGAAUCAAUGUCUGCUCACAUCAGGAGACCUUGGGAUCCAGCCAUUGAGUUCCAUCAGGCUUCCACUGACUUUCUGCAGCCUUUGGGGCACCAUUAGUGACGAGUUGACAUAUAAAGCUCUUAAGGAUCUGGACCCCAGAUUUGCAGUGAUGACUUCAUAUCCUGUGACCGUGGCCCAAUGUUUAAACCAACAAAGGUGCCUUUCUUAUGAUAUCAUCAGUGCCAUAGUGUACUGCAUUCCUGAUGAUAGAAAAGUAAUAAAACACACUGGUAAUAAAAAGGAUUUCUGGAAACCAUUUUUAGGAAUUUUUGUAAAACGCUAUGUUUAGACAAGCUAUUGAUAGGGCUUCACGGCAUGCAAAUGAAAAACAUGGUUAUAUUGCAAGAAUUUACCAGCUAAAUAAGGGCAAAUGAGCCAUACAGUACCUCAACUUAGUUAAGAUGCAAAUAUAUCAUGCAUCUUAGCUUAUGCAUUACAUCCAGGAUAUGAGUUAAACAGUAAUAUCAAACAAACAAUGGAAUAUUUAUUCAUUAGAUAACCUGUUUUGUUCCACAGGAGUUGGUGAAAAAGCCAUCUUUAGCUGUCCCAGCAAAUAAACAUUUAAUUCGUCUGGCAGAGAUGGAGCAAACUGUAGCAGAACAGGACACUUCCCUUGCAUCCCUUCUGAACAAAUUAAAGAAAACAUCGUCCGAAUUGCAGAAGCAGAAGCAGAUUACUUUGGCAAAAAUCAAGGAAUUUGAUAACAUCAGGGUCCAGUAAGUGUAGAUUAGAAUUAUACUUCAUUCUGUAAAUGUCCUGCUGAGAUCUUGAGAGUCGUCAUGUUUCAUUAAUCUUUAGAAAACCUUGGCUAAAAUAUAUAAAUAAUCGUAGAGUUAAGCAUUCAGCUUAAACAUAGAGCUCAUUAUCAUUAUAUUAAAAUAAUGGGUUAUUUUUGUUUUCAGGAGUACUUCAUUAUACUCCUUUAGGCACCAGGCAAAAAGGUUCCUUUUUAAGCAGGCUUUUGGUUGACCUGAUCAACAUCUCAUACCCUUUUAAAAUGUGGCUCUUUGACCUGGGGGGAGGGGAGCGUAUUAUUGGGUUAUUGCUUUUAUUUUUAUUUUAUAUACUGUGAUCUUUUUAUGUGAACCUCCCUGAGACCUCUGGGUAUAUGGGGGUAUAUAAAUUCAAAUAAUAAUAAUAAUAACAACCAUAAUAAUAGUAAUAAUAUCUUUAAAAGGUAUGUUGAAAAGAUCAGUUCAUUGGGCAGUAUCCAACUAACAGUUCUUCUUGCACAAGCCCUUUUGGCUGAACUAUGGAGCUUCCUCUCCCACCAGGCCCCCCAACCUGCUCUGGGGGAACCCCAGAACAUAUUUAUGGACCGCAUAGGGAGAGGAGAGGGAGAAUAAGUUUCAUUGCUUGGCCUGGUAGAACUGCUUCGUUAUAUACCACCCUUUGGUUUUUAUAGGAUUUCGUUAAAAGAAUAAAAUUGGUUGUAGUCCAUAGCCUGUAGUCCUAUUUAGUUCAGCUUCAUUGCUCUGGAAUAAGCAUUAUGUAGGCGGUAUCCUUCCCUCCAUAAUUAACUUCUUGUCACUGCGGUUGUUAUAUAGUGUCUUUCCCCCCAAAUUCGAUUUAGGUAUACAUGACUGGAUUGUAACUAAAAAAGGUAAAGGUACCCCUGCCCGUACGGGCCAGUCUUCCCAGACUCUAGGGUUGUGCGCUCAUCUCACUCUAUAGGCUGGGAGCCAGCGCUGUCCGCAGACACUUCCGGGUCACGUGGCCAGCGUGACAAGCUGCAUCUGGCGAGCCAGCGCAGCACACGGAACACCGUUUACCUUCCCGCUGGUAAGCGGUCCCUAUUUAUCUACUUGCACCCGAAGGUGCUUUCGAACUGCUAGGUUGGCAGGCGCUGGGACUGAACGACGGGAGCGCACCCCGCCGCGGGGAUUCGAACCGCCGACCUGACGAUCGGCAAGUCCUAGGCGCUGAGGCUUUAACCCACAGCGCCACCCGCGUCCCUACUUUUUGUAACUACUUGCCUUCAAAUUACUGGAAGGUUUGGUCAGUUGGAAUCCAUUCACUGGUCUCUGCAGUCAUCACAGAAUCAAUGUACAGUUGGGUGGAAGACCCAUUACCUUCUAGAUAUUGCUGGACAACAGUUCUCAUUCUCCUUGGCCAUUGGCUUCGCUGUAUGGGGCUGAUGGAAACGGAGUCCCACAAGAUCUGAAUAGCCACAGUUUCCUCAUUUCUGGGUCACAUGCAUUAGAGUCAGCUUUGAUAAACCCCAUUCAAACAUGAAACUUAGCAAGCAGACAUCUGGCAGAGGUCUCAGGAUUUUUAUGCUGUGGGUGGUGGCAUGGACUACCCUGAUGAUUCUCCUCCCAAGCAUAUGUUUUGAACAGUAGAUUUUUGAGCCACGAGGUGAAAUAAAGUGAGGACAUUUGUUUGUUAAUGAGCUAUGAAGAAAAUAAAUGAGAGAACACAGCUGACUUUGCUUAUCACAAAGACAGUUUGACAGUGUGUUGCUCCUCUAGGCUGCUGUUGGGAAUAAUGUAUAAUUAUAAUCGAAACGAUGCAAUACUUCAGCCUAGUUAGUCCAUCUGGAACUCGCUCAAUUUUGCCAAUGGAUGUCAUUAUUAUUUAUUAUUUUGCUCUGCUAGGCUUGAAGAGAAGCAUGCAGCUGAAGUGAAAAAAUUGAAAGAUGAAGUGGAUGAGCUAAGAAGUUUGUUGUCACAGAUGGAGAAAGAAUUACUGAAUGCAAAACUGGAGCUGGAGGCCCAAAGAGAAGCAAAUAAUAGAGCUCCAACAACUACAAUGAAAAAUCUAGUGGAACGGCUGAAGAAUCAGCUAGCCUUAAAAGAGAAGCAGCAGAAGGUAAGCAUGGAAACUAGUAAUUGGGUGUAAACCAGCUUAUUUUCUCUAACAAACCAGAAUUAUUUCACCUUUUUUAUUGUGAGUCUCUCAGCAGGGACCUACUCAUUUUUCUUACAUAUAGUGUCUAGUAUAUUUUAGACACUUUUGUGAAAUAAGAACAAUAAAGAAUUAAUUGAGGAAGCAUUGGCUUGAAUUCUAUAACUUUUUGAAUGUCGUGGGCUCAACUUCACGCCAAACACUUAACCAGUUGCUGGAAAGCACAGGAGGGGAGAAUACUCUUGUGCUCAAAUCCUGCUUGUGGGUUUCCCACUGUGAGAACAGGAUGCUGAACAAUUAUUAUUAUUAUUUGUAAACCCCCCCAAUCUGACUGGGUUACCCCAACUGGAUGAGCCACUGGUCUGAACCAGCAUGGCUCUUCUUACUGCCUUAUGUUAACUGCCACCAGAAAUGAUGGCAAUAUAUUAAGCAGAGAGCUUGUUGAAUAUUAGGCUACUUUAUUAUUUAAACCUAAUAUUAACUCUAUGUACUGUUAACCUUUUCCCACUUUGUGUCAUAGACAUAUAUCUUAUUCCUGUUUUUUAUCCCUGUUGGGUUUUUUUUUAAUUGCUUGCUUUCUUCAGCUGUCCAGCAAAGCACAUAGGCAUAUAACUGCAAAAUUUUGACCUAGAUGUUAUAAGUAUUUGUGUUUAUUGUUUUUCAUCAAAUUUAUCAUUUUUAAGAUUGAUAAAUAUUUUUCAGGCUUUGAGUAAAGCACUUCUGGAGCUCCGAGCAGAAAUGACAGCUGCUGCAGAACAACAGAUUAUUUCUGUAGCAUCACAAAAAGAGGCACACAUGAACGUUCAACAGAUAGUUGACAAGCAAACAAAGGAACUGAGGGUGAGCAGGAAGUGAAGUCUUACCUAUAUUGGCCUGAUGUGAAAGCAGAACACCAGAGCGGAUAGAUGUCACUGUGAGCAUUACAGACACCAAUACGCUGCUGUAUCUUCCAGUCCUCAAAUAGUACUUCUGAGUGUUAAAAGCCCCAUGAUGCACUUUCCCAGACACUACUACUUAGCAGUUUCUGUUAAUUUCACCACAUUGUGUGUGGGCCUCCUGCAUAAAAUUGAAUGAAACGGUGUUCCAUAUUACUGUGAUCAAGGUACACUGAUAAUGUGUCUGUAAUCGUAGUCUAUUCCACAAAAAAAAAACAGACUUGUGCUUCCUUGAAACCUGGCACAUGGAUUGCAAGAUGUAUAGGAUACUACCCAUGGUUUUGCAUGGUUUCUUCCCUAGAAGAACAAUAAAUGGAUACAUCAUAAUACUUUAUUGGUGUUUAGAAAAAGUGGCUGAAUUUAGGCUUACAGUUCAGCACUUACUUACUAUGUGGUAAUAGGGCUGCUAUGUGAUGAACCAAGUCCUUUUGCAUACAUAUAUUCCUGGAUUGUACCUCUAGCAUUUCCACUAAAAUUAUUUCAGUUUGUAACUUUCCAAAAGACAGGUGCUGCCUAGAAGAAUUGAUCAUACUGGGCUUGAUGCACCAACAGCCCCAGCUUUUGAUGUUGAAUCCAGCAGUAUAGAGUCUUAAUGCAACUGAGUAUUUGGUGUGGUUAAGAAAAAAAGGAUCUCUCCUUUUAGAACUGUGUUUUUAGUAGGUGAUAUCUAAGAUUAGUCACAUUCAGAGUAAACAAAUAGAGAUCAUUUGACUUGUAUGUUGUUUUCAGUGGAUCCGUUCUGGGUUUAAUUGACCAUGAUAUCACCCAAUAUUAGCAAAGAUGUUUAUUGUCUGAGAUGGCAUGCAUUGUCAUUCGUUUCUUUCUUCAUUUUUCUUUGUUCAUUGUUCAUUUUUUGGCAGUCCUGAAAUAAUAUAUCAUAAAAAAAUAUUUUCUUAGAUUCAGUUAGAAGAUUUAAAUGACCAACUUUCAAAACUUAAAGAUGCCCUCAAGCUAAGCAAAAAUAAAGAGAAUUCAUUACUAGAUGAGGUGGAUGAUUUAAAUCAUGAGCUUCAGAAAAAAGUUAAAGCCCACACUAAAUUUCUAAGGGAGAAAGAAGAGAUGGAAAAGGAAAAUGAAGAACUGAAAAAGCGGAUUAAAAGGCUAACCAAUGCAAUUCAGGUAAAUAUAUUUUGAAUUAUAAAACAAAGAACAUUGUUUUGGUAGUAUACAAAUAAAUUGCAUAUUUCUUGAGUCACUGGUUGGCUGGUUUUGCACUGCAGCAAAUCAUCUGAACAUUGUUUCGGUUCUAACUGAGAAUUUUUUACAUUGCAUAUAUAUUUAUCUGAGUUUGCAAUAUUUAAAUGAAUUGAAUAAAUAAAAACCUGGCAACUAUGAUUAAGUGCAAAUCAGCCAACUUAUCUAUGUAUCUGUGCUUGUGUCUGAUUUAAAUCUUAAUUAUAAUCUUAUUUAUAUACUUGAAGCAUUAAACUUGGUUAUUUGAAUGAAGAAUAUUUGCAUGUGUAGAACGCUUGCAUUUUCCCUUAAUGUGUGUGUCUGUGUGUAAUAUAUAUAAUCAUUUCUUAGAGCCAGUGCUUCUCUAAUUAAGAGCAUAAUCCAGAAAAGACAGCCACUGUGUAUUUUGCAUUAUUUCAAUGGAGUUUGCAUAUCGCAUCUGGUUGUGCAGUGGUGAUACCUGCUAAAAUGCUCUUAAUGUCCACAGUCAUGAUGCAUGGCAAUUAAAGUUAGUUUAAACUUUUCCCAAUUUUUCAGGGAAAAGCUGAUGACCAAAGCCUGAUAGAGGAACUUCAAAGAAAAAUUAAGAAGUUGGAAAGUGAACUAGGAAAGAAGAGUGAUGAGUCAGAAAUGAAAACCCCGAGAGAGGACAAGGUAUGAGAGAUGCAUGACUAAAAUAAAUUUAGCUUACAUCAUUUCUCACUUUCAUGUUGGGGUUUUUUUUUGGGGGGGGGUUGCAUUAUAAUGACUCAUUUGCUUUGUUAUGAAUGCAAUACUUUGUGGGCAGGGUUGGGGUAGUGGUGGUUAAAGUUUUGUUUUAGCUCAGGGGUCAGCAACCUUUUUCAGCCGUGGGCCGGUCCACCAUCCCUCAGCCCAUGUGGUGGGCCAGACUAUAUUUUUUUUUUGGGGGGGGUAAUGAACAAAUUCCUAUUCCCCACAAAUAACCCAGAGAUGCAUUUUAAAUAAAAGGACACUUUUUACUCAUGUAAAAACACGUGAUUCCCGGACCGUCUGUGGGCCGGAUUGAGAAGGCAAUUGGGCCACAUCCAGCCCACGGGCCUUAGGUUGCCUACCCCUGCUUUAGAUCAUUGUUAAUGCUAGGUUGUAUGUGUGAUGUGUUUUGUACUGUUUUGAUAUUGCAAGGCUUCUUGGGUAGGCUGUGCCCCCAAAGGCAGAAUGCAAAUGAAUGAAUGAAUGAAUGGUCAGAUAGCAUGAUUGGUCCUGUCUGUCCAAAAAGGGAUCUCGAUUCCACAGUGAAGAGGAUAGAAAAAGCAGCAGAUCAAACAUUUAUGCGUGCAUUUAUUAAAGAAAAAUAAGCAGACUUAAAUAUGGAUGUUUUCACUCUUUAGAAAUAAAAUUGGAGAACUUUACAUUUUUGUUUUUGGUCAUUUUGCAGAGCUCUAAGGAAGAAUUAAUUAGAUGGGAGGAAAGUAAGAAAUGGCAGAUGAAAAUGGAAGGAAUGAGGAACAAACUGAAAGAAAAGGAGAAGGAAGUAGAGUCCUUAGCCAAACAGUUAAACACAGUAAAGGAACUUUUUUCAAAGUAAGCUUACUUUAAUUAACAAAACUCACAGCAAUAUGACAUACCACUAUUCAUUGAUCAAGGACAUGGUGCUAUAGUAGUGUAUUGUAUGUCUAUAAGGCUGCAGACAGCACUUUCUCAAAUGUAGUCCAUUGGCACAGUUUUCUAGAUCUCCUAAUUGUAGGUACUCCUGGAAAAAACUUCCUCAAGUAGGGCUGCAAUCCUGUACACAUUUCCUGAGAGGGAAUCUCAUUCAACUGCGUAGGAAUGAUUUCUGAGUAGGCAUGCAUCAGAUUAAGCAGACCAAUUAAUCUUCAAAUGUUAUUUUGUAUGGAAGCAAAUAUACCAUUAUAUUAAUGAAAAUCCAUUGAAUACUACAGGGCGGAUAAAGAAAAAAUUGCUUUGCAGAAGAAACUCAAGAGCUGUGGUGUUACUGUUGAUCAGGUUGUAGGAGUACGAGCCUCUGAAUCAGAGAGAGAGCUGGAAGAGCUACGAAAACGAAAUAUAGAUUUGGAGAAUGAGAUUGUUCACCUAAAGUAAGAAAUACUACAAAAAAAGUGAAAUUAAGAGUGCUCUGUUUUUUGUGGUCUUUUCUAAAUAGGUACUUUUGAUUUAUUAUAUUAAAUACAUUUCAAGAGAGCACUGUUCCUGGAAGCUGAACAAUUUAACCAUUUUGAGGAAUUAAUACAAGCACGGCAUUAAAAAAAUUACAUUAGUUAGUUUUAAUGUACACACAAUGCUGGAUACUUGUUUGUUUUAACCAUGGUUUUGUUCAAGAAGCAGACAGGCAAACAAGCCACAGCUUAUUUUUCUAAAGCUUAGUUUGCUUUCCAGUUGUUCUUGCCUCAUGACUGUAGCUUGGUGAGUGGUUGGGGUGAAUUGGCUCAACAAACCAUGGUCAAGCACAGCUUUGGGGUUUGGGCGUUACUCCAAAUCAUUGUAACCCAAUAACCAAUUGUGGCUUCACAAUAUGGUUUGUUGGCAGAAACAAAUAUGGGUAAAGUAGUAAGCUGGGUUCAGAUUUUCAGAAAAACCAUACUUUAGCUGAACAGCUAUGGGUUAGCUUUAUGUUCAAAUUAGGCAACUCGAUAUUUUAGAAAGGAAUGCUGCUUUUUCACAAACAGGUACAGUGGUGCCCCGCAAGACGAAUGCCUCGCAAGACGGAAAAACCGCUAGACGAAAGGGUUUUCCGUUUUGAAGUUGCUUCGCAGGACGAAUUCCCCUAUGGGCUUGCUUCGCAAGACGAAAAUACCUUGCGAGUCUUGAGAUUUUUUUCGCUUCCCCCUUUAUCUAAUCUGCUAAGCCUUUAAUAGCCUUUAAUAGCCUUUUAGCAGCUAAUCCCUAAGCCUUUAAGCCUUUAAUAGCCGCUAAACCGCUAAUAGCGCUAAUAGCGCUAAUCCGUCAAUGGGCUUGCUUCGCAAGACGAAAAAACCGCUAGACGAAGACUCUCGCGGAACGGAUUAAUUUCGUCUUGCGAGGCACCACUGUAUUUCUUAAAAGAGGAUUAAAGUUUUGUGUGGCACCCUCUUAUUAACAAGUUCAGUGCAGAAAUAUGUAUUUUUAGGAGUUCUGACGAAAUGAUUAAUCGUGGUUAAUUGAAAAUGGAUGUGAAACCUUCUGAUCAAUUGUUCAUGGUCAUGUUGGAGGAGGAGAGGGGAAUGGGUAGUGUACAAGUCCGAGAGUUAUGCAUGUAAAACUAAAGCAUAGUUUAGCAUUGCACUUGAACCAGAUCAAUAUGUGUGUGGAUAAAUAUAUUUUAUGUAAUGCUGUAGGAUAGCAUGUGCAUUAUAGGAAAGCUGGUGGAUAUCUAAUGCUACUCAUCUUUACCCAUGUUUAAGUAGAAUAAUUAUAAAAAUGUAAAUCAUAUGUCAAGUCAUGCACUGGUUCUGCAAUCUCACAUGCUUUUUAUGCAGGACACAGUAUGCUGUCCCUCGAGAUUCUGUUGUGGAAGAUUUACACUUAAAAAACAGAUACCUACAAGAAAAGCUUCUUGUAUUGGAGAAACAGCUUUCCAGAGACACUUUUUCAAGACCUUCGGUAGGUUAAUCCAUUCUUAUUACUUGAAUUAUGCAACCGUGUGUGUGUGCAUACAUUCAACUUGUAGCCUUUAUUGUGUAAGCUGUCUUGUUUCUGUUCUUUAUCUCAGCUGAUGAGAAUUUUAAUGCCUGUGCAAGUGCUGCAGAAACUGGGUACUUAAAGCUUUGUAAUUCUGAACACCAAUGGGUCUGUACCUGGUUGUUUUGUAAUGAUAGCAUUGUAGUAACAUUAGGAGAACCUUCAGAUUUUAUAUUGCAAGGACUGCAGUGAGAAGAUUGAAGCACCAAUGCCUGUCUUGAGAGGUGAUGAGAAAGCAUAUAAGGUCCUGUAAUGGGGGAAGAAUUACUGCCUGAGCAGGCUUAGAUAAAAAGGGAAUUUCAAUUCCAUCUCCACUAGAGAGAUACACUGAACUUAGUAACAUCUGAAUGCCCCCACUUAAAGGUAUGAACUUAGUGGAAGUGAAAAAUGCAAAUUCAGAGUAAGGCACAUUUUAGGGAAAGGAUAUAAAAUCAGUGUCAGUGUAUCCUUAUGUUAUGAUGCAAGCACAUAUUGUGCAGUUUUAACCUUGCUAUUUCAAGAACUAGAAAAGAGCACUAAACGAUCAGGGGUUGUACCCAACUCGCAUCUUAAGAAAGGUUAAAAUGUUUGGGGCUUUUAAGUUCAAAAAGAAGGCUAAAGAGAGUAUGAUACUGAUUUUAAAAACUUGUUAAUGUUAUGAAAAAAAUUAAAUUAUGAAAAUUUUAUCUUCCUUCAUAAUGUUAUAAUUCAAGGUUGUACAGUUAAAUUGCUGAUGUGGCAGUGUAUUCAAGAAAGACAAAAGAAAAUACUUAUUCAAACAACUUGUGGUCUGCUUAUAGUAGUCAUUACUGCAAUACAGUGAUAAUUGCUAGCUUGGAUAAUUUGAAAAAUAAUUAGACAAACUCAAAGGUUUGUUUAGUGGCUCUUUUGUUACGACUAAAUGGAACCUUCAGUCUCCAGAGGCAGUCUGCAUCAGAGUAUUAGAUGCGGGGACAAAUAGUGAAGUACCUACCAAGAGCAUCUGACUGGUUAAAAACAGAAAGUUGAACGAGAUGGGCCACAAAGUUCUGUUAGAUUUAAGGACAGGAAAAGAAAUUAUUUUUUUUAUUUGAAUAUGGCAGCUUAGUUUAGAGACAAGUGGAAGCAGAGGGUGAAUUAAGCUUUAGAGAACUGAAACCAGGUAAAAUUGAUGUACUGAACGAGUUCACAUCAUCCUGAUUUGCAUCUUGUUUCUUGUUGCAGUUAAGCUAUAUUCCGAUUAAGUUACAUUAAUGUGAAUAGGUGUCAUCCUUCCUUUACUAUCUACUACUUUUCUUUCUAUGCAACAUUACCUCUUUCUUCUGUAUCAGAGUUCUCCAUGUGAGACAGCUGCAUUGGCUAAUACUUCACUUACUACUAACAAAUUCACUAAGCACAAUAAUCUGAAACACCUGCCUAAGAGGACUCUGUUAGGCAACACCAAGUCAAGACACCAAGCUUUUGAUGAUAUGACUAACAUAGAUGAUGAUGGGGACAAUGAGGGGACACAUAUUACAGACGAAUCCUAUCAGGCUGCCAAAGGUGUUGCUGUCAAUGGCAUUCCAGAACAGCACUUUGAAAAUGGGGGAAAUCGAGUGGAUUUAGAGGCAGCAUCAGAAGGUAAAAAGAGCAGCUCUCCAAAAACGAGUUCCAUUGAAGAGAAUGCAGAACAGAAAAAUGCUUCUGCUGAAGAAGAGAAAAUUGACCAAGAAUGUGAAAUAACCAAAGGAGAAACAGAAGAAACUUGCAAGCAUUCUAGUGGCAGUGGUGGUGGUGGUGAUGAAGAUGAAGGUGGUGAAGAUGAACAAGAAAAAGCAACAGGGCAUGAAUCUUGUCCUGACGGAAAGAGCUCCAUUCAGCCUAACUUGGAGGAAGCUGCUAAUCAGCCCAGCGAUUCCGAUACAGAAAUUGAAAAAAAUAAUGAUGAGAUCAUAGUAGAAGAUGCCUGUGAGAGCCAUCAAACUGAGCAAGAGAGGGCUGACCUGAUUCCAGAGUUUUGUGAAGUUCCUCAGGUUUGCCAAAAACAAGAACUCCCUGCUUUUCCCCUUUACCAAUCCUUUGUGUAGCUGAUCCUGCUUGAAGUAUGUCAUGUAGUGUGACCAGAAACCCCAUUUCCUAGUUUAAUCUACAGCACCAUCAUAGUAACUAUCCACACCUGAGGCUUUUUGCUCUAGAAUACAAGUGCAUAGGAUGAAAUAGGCUGCCACAACAUCCAGGACGGUGAAUGAAAUGUAAAAAAAUUGUACUAAAAUAUGAGCUUGUACUUCUACAACAGAAACAUUCCAGCAUAUAUCCUGAGCAUUGUUUAUGGUUCAUUGUGAAUGUGUCUUGUUGCUGUUGCUUUUUCAAGCCCUAUAUGUUCAGUCAUAGAAUUGUAGAGUUGGAAAAGGGCCCCCUCAUGUGAUUAGUCACUGGGGGGGGGGGAGUCAGAAGGGGCCCAAAUAUCUAGCCUUGAUAUCGCUGUUGCAUCCCUGCCACCUGCCUUACCACCUUCCAUGUGUUCCAUGUGCACCCAAAUAGGGCUUGAAUUUAUUUGCUAUUUGUGCAUAUAAUACUACAAGUAGUUAUUUGCCACCCUGAGCAGCAUAUUAACAUACAGUUCUGUGCAUAGUGGCUAGUUGUACAAAGUAGAUAAUAUUUUCAUAACAGAACCAUGGCAGGUGUUGCAGUGAGUUGAGCUCAAAUCAAAUAUUACUGUUAAAUUCUGGUUGAAUUCAGUGGAACAGUACUCACAGAAUUAUCGAGUGAAUAGGACCCAGGAUUCACUAAUGCAUCAUUUGUAUGUGACAACUGCUGUUAGUUCUGCUCACUGCGAAUGCUCUUGGAAAUGGCUUCUAGUCCAUUUCAAAACACAAUUCAAACUGCUAGUCCCUUUAAAGCCUUAGCAGUGAGCAACAUUUCUUUUUGACAAGUGUUGUAUCAGACACCAUAUAUCAGUGACCAACCCAAAGACAAAAAUGUUAUGGGUAAACUGAUCAGGCAUUUACCAGAAUGUUACAAUUGCAUUGCUAUUUGUCAAGCGAAACAAUGCAAAUAUUCAGCAUUUUGACACUAAUCUUUCUCCUUUUCUGCUUGCUAAGACAUCAGGAUUAGGAUCAGAUGAUCAGUAUCAAAAAGAGCAAGAGCUUCAAAAGGAGAACCUAAUGCUAUCAUCUGAAAAUAUGGAAUUACGAUUCCAGCUGGAACAGGCUAACAAAGACUUGCCAAGAUUAAAGGUAUAUUUUUUACAUGCAGUGUGUUGACUGGUGCCAUGGAAUGCCAAUGUAUACUUUGGGGUUCACGAGUCUUUUCAUUAUGAAUCAUUUAUAUGAUAAGUCACAUAUAUAACCUUCAUUUACCCCAAACAGAAAAAUUCAUUAGAUAAUAAUGGUUCUGAUCAAUUAUUUUCAGUGUAAACUGCAUAAUUUUUAGAGUAUAGUUUUCAGCUGGGUAAAACUAUUUUAUUCUCUUUAGAACCAAGUAGCUGAUUUAAAGGAAAUGUGUGAGCUCCUGAAACGAGAGAAGGCAGAAGCUGAGCGGAAGCUAGGCAAUGUCAGAGGGGUAUGUAUUAAACAUUGUGGAGCUUGAAUUUUAAGAACAAGUGUAAACCAAAUAUUUUGUUUCCUUUUUCCUAAAUCAUACUUAUUUUAUAGCUAUAAACUAUUCACACAAAAAACAAUAUGAAAUGUUUAACUUUGGGAGUCACAUACGCCUCUGCUUCAAAGAAUGUUGAGUCCCAGGAUUAAAGUGAGCUAUCUCAGAGAACAAAAUGCCACUGUGGCAACUGAAAGGGAAAUUUCCAAGUAAGUAAAAAGGGAAUGCAAUUAUCUGCACUUUUUUGGGCAUGUGACUCUGGAUGGAUGAGUUUCAGGGCUAGAACUUUCAAGCCAAGUGUUGAGUUGUCUUGAUUGCAUUAAGAUUAUAGGGAACGUUUGGCUUUUGCAUGACCAAGUUUAUCAUCCAUAGAUAGAUAGAUAGAGGUGGUCCUGCAAAAACACCAUUCCAGCUUGCCAACCCUUGAUAACUAAUGUUUCAGAAAAAGCUAAAUAUUCUGUGAGAACUAAAUGAAAAUGAACUGGUGCUGUCUGAUAACUCUGGAGUUCUUUGACAUGAAAAUGACAAAUACUUCUUUGUUGUAUAGUCUGGAAGAAGUGGGAAAACUAUUCCAGAAUUAGAGAAAACAAUUGGUUUGAUGAAAAAGGUUGUGGAGAGAGUUCAGAGAGAAAACGAAGAGCUUAAGAAAGCACCUGGAGUAGUCUCCAAUGAAAAACUGGCCAGCCUUGAACAAGAAAAUGAAUAUUUAAAGGUAACAUAUUCCCUUUCGAAAGCCGUAUGAUUUUGUGUGUUAAUAUAAAAAUUAAAUGUAUAUAAGAUCCAUGGAAAGCUCAGUGUAGGAUUCUAUUUUAAACUUAUUGGUGAUUUUUAAAGAAUUACACACAGCUGUCUAUAAAUUGGUGCGAGUUUUUUUCAUAUACUUAAAUGGGCACAGUGCUUUUUUCCAGUUUGUAGCAAUAUCAACAUGACAGAUAACCAAUACCCUUUUUUAUUUAUUUCUGAAUUAAGUCUGAAAUGGAAAAACUAAAAGUUCACCUUGGAGGGGAAUUGAGUAUGCGCUAUGAACUGAAAACUAAAGGCACAGAAAAGAUAAUUGCUGAAAAUGAGAGAAUCCGGAAGGAGCUGAGAAAGGUACAUCUGUGAAAACGUUGAUAUCAUGAAGUAUUCUUAUUAUCAUUCAGUUCUUCUCUCAAAAGACAAAGGCCUUCUAGCUUAGAAUAUCUAAUAUAGCUUCUUUAAAAUUCCUUGUUACAAUGGAUCCUUUGGGGCAUAAAAACCUUGGCAUGUUAAAGCAUAGUAUAUAGCAAGUAGGAAUUAACACUCUCCUUUUGCCCUUCCCUUGCACAACAGCUUCCACACUUGUUUUAUUCAGAGCACGGUUCUUCAUUACAUCUGAAACAAGCUAAUAUGUUUUUGUAUUUACUAAUCAGGAAUGAAAUAUGUUUUCUGAGAUCUAGGUCUGUAAGCAUGUAUUAAAACAGUUUCUCAUUUCGGAUAUAAUGAACAACUCGUUUGAAUUGAACGGUGCUUAAGCUGACAUAAGGUAUAGGUGUACCCUUUCUUGAAAAAUUCCAUCUGAACCAGUUCAAUGCAUGCAAUAUUCUUGGGGGGAUUUUUGUUGGUCAAUAGGAAGCAGAGAAUUCAGAGAAGCUGCGGAUUGCAAAGAAUAAUCUUGAGAUAAUAAAUGAGAAAUUGACUGCAGAACUGGAAGAGACCAUAAGGAAGUUAAGCUUGGCAGAAAGCAGAAACCUGCAGCUUGAGGGAGCUGAUGGCAAGGGUGGGAAAUCCAUUGUGAUAACAAGGUAAGAACUUAAAGAUUAAUUGGAUAGCUUUGCUUGUCUAUCUUCCUCAUUGUUGUCAAUAAAUGAGACUUAUUUUCAGAAUAAAAAAAAUAAUUGUGCAUAUCCAGUAUAUGAUCCUGAGUCAUGUAUACAGUAUACUUAUUUAGUCAGUCAUACAUAAUCAAGUUAGGAAAGUGUAUAGCGUUCCUAGGAGACCGCCUUCAGACCAGGUCCGGGGACAGUCUGUCCCCGGACCUCUUCUGAAGGCUGGGGGGAGCAAGGGCUUUUCUUCCCACCCCCAGCAUUUUAAAAACCCGGGACAGCGGAGGACUUCUCCGCUGUCCGGGCGAUCUUAAAAUGCUGGCGGGCGGCAUUUAAAAUCACCCGGGACAGCGGAGGACUUCUCCGCUGUCCGGGCAAUUAAAAGCCCCUGGGAAGGCAGGCAGGGGGACAAAGACUUUUGCCCCCGCCAGCCUUCAGAAGAGGUCCUGGACCUCUUCUGAAGGCGGGCGGGGCGAGUCUUGCUCCCCCGCCUUCAAAAGCCCUCCGGGACAGGCAGGCAGGGGAGCAAGACUUUCGCCCCCGCCCGCCUUCAGAAGGUCUUCCCUCCCCCCGCCCGGCCGGGCACCGUUCCGAAGCCGGGCGGCGGCGGAGGUCUUCCUCCCCCCGCCCGGCCCGGAGCACCGUUCCCGAAGCCGGGCGGCGGAAUGCUGUUUGGGACAGUUGCUGAUUGUUGUUAGACUAAUGUGAAUAAUAUAGUGUGCAAUAGGAGUGAGUUGAUUUCAGAUUGCUUUUAUUUUUAUUAAGUGUCUCUGUGGUCCAUUCACACGUCACACAUUUGUUAAAAGAGGACAUACUUUGGGACUUUUUGAUAGUUAAAUUAUCCUUAAUUUGCACUCCAGUUAAGGAGUAUAAUAAACGCCUUGGCUAUAUCAAAGGCUCUGCCUAGUCCAGGAUACUUUGCAAGAUUCCCAGCAACUAACAGGCAUCAAGUGGUCCAUAGAAAAUGGUGUGCUCAUGAAUACUCACCAUCAUAUAGAUUUCUUCUCAUAUUGUAGGUAUUUUCUUUGAACUUUGAGCAACAAUGUUGGAAAGAGAGAAAGUAUCCUUUUUUUAAAAAAAAGCCACCAUCACCAAAUUGAUAAAGCAUCAUACUGGUUUCAUAUUUACUGAAGAGAAAUGGCUAAAAAAUUGCCCACCCUCCUUAUUUGUAUCUUCUCCCACUUGUGAAUUUCAUCAGUUGAUUGUUUCUGCGUUGUAUAUUAAUGGAAAAAUAAAUGCACGUUGUGCAAGUUCCUUAAUGCAAAAAUUGUAAAGCGUGGUGCCUUAAUAUAAUUUGUAGAUCAGCAAGGCUUGACAUAUAAAACAUCUUUCCCAUACUGUUUUGUAAAAUGAUCCCUCUUUGCUGCACUCCCUUGAUAUAGCAGCUUAAGGUUUUAUUCUAACGUCUAGAAACAAUGUUUUGAACAGAUCUUAAUUUUUUCUUUCAGAAUGUAUGAAAAUAAGAUGAAAGAAAUGGAAGCUGAUAUUGCCAAAAAAACUCAAGCCAUUAGUGAUCUUAAACAGGCAUUACGAAAAUCCACAGAGAGUGAAGAAAAAAAUGAAAAAUAUAUUGAAAUCUUAAAAGAACAGGUAAGUAAACAUGAUUCUGGGUGUAAUUUGCCAAUCAUCUUUAAUUUAUAUUUUAUUUGCAAAAUUUUAAUGCGCAAUCUACCUUUUGUUUAGGAUGCUGUACUUUCCUCUCCUCAUCUAGAGGAAAGGCCUUGCAUUUGGAAUAGCACCAUCUUCUGUUUGUGUCACGUCUUCUGGCGUUACAAAGAACAGGGUUGUUUUUUAAGGGUCCCUUAUAGUUUUAUUUUCAGCAGGCUUUUUAAUUCAUUACUUUUUACCUUUUUCUUUCCUUUGGAGUCAGGCAUGCACUACCUGUUCUUGUCCACACAUCACACUCCCACCCCAACCCCAGACAGCACAGGAGCUGAACUUUGUCUUCUGGGUUCUUUGCUCUGCUACAGGCAAUCUGGCAAGGACCUAGAAAUUUCUAAUGUUAAAAUAAAAGUAUUUUUUUUCUUCUACGUAAAGGUUGAACUUCUCAAAUACUUUCCUGAGGGUGCCAAAACAGAGCAAGGGCUUGCCAAAGAACUUCAGCUUCUCAGGUAAAGCGAAGAAAAGCUUGUUUCUUCUACAGAUCUACAUGGAAAAAUAUUGAGGACUAUUUAGAUCUUUGUCCUGUUUUAUGCGGUUGCAGAUUAACCAAUGAUCGUUUGGAAAAGGAAAAGGCAGAGUUAGCUUACCAGGUGGAGAGUUCUCGAAAACAGACUGAAGUUAAGGAAGAUGGUGGCUUUGCAGCUGGUAACGUUUAAAAUACUACAGAUCAAACCUACCAAAGACUUAAAUAUAAAGAAGCUUCACUCACACAACAGGGCUGUCUAGCCUUCUGAAAAGCUACUUCCUAGAAUCAGGGACAUAUCUGAACAAUGCUGAAUGAAGUGUGGAAGGCUAAAAGAGGGAGGAAAUGGUAGACGUAUGUGAGCAAAAGUGCCUUCCACUCAAGCAAGGGAAGGUUUAGGACUUUUGACUAAUAGGUUUUUGAAUGUGAAGUAAAUUACAGUAAGCAGUAUCUAAGUUUUUGUAGAACCAUUCUCCCAGAAUAUCCACUUUUUGUCACAAAGCAACUCAGGUGAAGCUCUACAAAACCUGGGACUCCCCGGUUUUAUUUAAUGAUAAAACUCAUCUUGAAUUGUCAUGUAAGGACUUUAAUAACUCACCUGGCAGGGCCAAUGAAACGGCUUCAUUUACUCCACUUGUAUUGGAAACUUUACAUUUAUUGAGGGAAAUCACAUUAGCUUUAGAAUAUUACGUUUCAGGAAAAUGAGAACAGAACACUGGAAAGUAGUGGUAGUUUUUACUGUACUCUGAGGUUAUACAGCUGUUGCACAUAAGGCUGUGAACUGGCAUCUGAAACCUAUGAGUAUUAUCUACAUGUAUGAAAAAAAGUAAGCCAAACUGCCUGUGGUACAAGCCUAGUAAACACACGAGCAGUUAGACUUUUUGUCUGAAGAUGCCUGAACAAUAUGCUUAUGUAAAUAAUGUAAAGGUGACUCCCUAUUUAUGUGGGGGUUCCGCUCCUGGGCCCCGCAUGCACACACGAAAUCGUGUAAAAUGGAAGCACCCUGGAGAGGAGUCCUCAACCAAGGCCUGCUGUCCCUUACACUCACAGGAGUCACAGGGGUGGCAUAGCAGGCAUGUAUGAGACAGCAGAGCUUGGCUAACCAGAUGCUCCCCAUUUCUGGGUACCACUUCCAGGUGCCUUGCACCGCAUGCAAAUCAAAGGUGUGUAAAUGAGGAGCUGCCUGUAAAUGUUUGCAGUAAAUUAUUAACUUUGUAGCAGUAGAGAACAGACUUUCUAGCUCAUUUGUAACUUUUGAGGCAUCUUCAUCACACACAUACAUAUGAAAAAUCUUCCAUUUGAAUCCCUAGGGAAAGAUGGAAACUAUAAACUACUGGCAGAGGUAACAAGCCUCAAAACACAGUUGAAAACCUCCGAUUUAGAACAGCAGCGACUUCAUGUAAGUGUUGUAAAUAUUCCAAUUACUUCCAGAUAAGUAUCUGUUUAUUUAUUGAGAAGAUUUUCAGAAUGUGUUUUAGCUAUCAUUACCCACAAUUUGAGGCAAGCUAUUAACAGUCAUUCCUUGCUAGAUAUUUCACCUGCCACUCACAGGUUACCUCUUUCCUAUCAAGCUUUUCAAGACAGGUGAAAUUUCCCCAUAUUGGAUUGUAGAUUCCCAAAGGUAAGAUACUAAACAGUAUAGGCACAAGCCAGCAGCACCAGAGAUUUUUAACCUAAUUCUGUGGAAAGAAUAGUGAAACUGUCCCAAGUGCAAAGCUUUGGGGUUUUGAGAGUAGAUCUAGCAAGAAGAAAGACUAUGAAGUUCCAGCAAGCAGAGAAAAUGGCAGAGCAAACCCAGAGCUUGCCUAUAGGAGCUAAGGCAAGGCUCUCUUCCACAGAUACAUUUCUGUAUUUCUACAGUCUUACCUAGCAAAGUGAAGAGAAACGACCCAUCUGAAGAUUCACUCUUCUACUACAAUGAAAAGUUGCAUCCAUGUUCUUAAACUCGGAGCAUGAGCUAGUCAGACUUCUGUGUCCCAUUGAUUUUAGUGGGCAAAGAGCUACAUUCUUACAUCCCCACUAGAAUCUCUGGGAUUUAAAAGUACUUAACUUUGGCUGGACUGUGCCCAUUAUGUUUAUGGCCUACAUUUUACAUCAAAGCCCCAAGCGAAAGAUAAAACAAUGCACAUGUAUCUGAGAUGAAAUUGUUAGGAUUUAAUGUGUAAAGAUUUAUUGUGUGACAUUUUUGCUGUUCCUCAUUAGGAAGAAGUCAGAAAGCUGAAAAAUGAACUGGACCACUUUGAUCCAUCCUUUUUUGAAGAAAUUGAGGAUCUAAAAUACAACUAUAAUGAAGAAGUUAAAAAAAAUAUUCUCUUGGAAGAGAAAUUGAAAACACUUUCUGAACAAUUUGGUGUUCAGGUAGAUAUUCCAGCCAGAGUUUCUAUUGAUUAAAUGAAAAAGUACAGAAUGUUUUUAAAGAAGACCUGAGACUUGGCACAGAAAAAAAACAAGAACCUUCUUAUGUCAGGGGUCAAACAAGCUUUUUUUAUACUUUCUCAGAAAUGUGUUUCAGCUCUUGCCAAAGCAAGCAUCUCCAUGAGCUACUGCUUGUUUUCACUUCUGCAAACACAGAAGCAAAAGUAAGGACUAAAGGUAUAGUACUAUUAUACUGUUGUUUUUUGUGCUAAUUUAUUAUAUAGUCAGUAUUAUAUUUUUAUAGAUCUUACAUUGAUGUGCUUGCAGUGAAGGUAUAAAACUGAAUGCAGUUUAGAAAUUAUUUAUUUUUCUACAUUUGUUCAUUACUAGUGUAUUAUUCAAACAGUUUAAAGCUUAUUUACCCUAAAACUGACAGUCCAGAAAUAUGGGCUUUAUCUAAUAAAAUAUAUACAAACUUGCUAAACAAGUUUACUUCUCAUUUUUUGCAUUCCAUUAGUAUGACUGAAUUUUAGUUUCAUUAUCAGAAGCGACUUUACGUAAAGCUGCCCUGACAUAAUUUAAGCAAACAAUGUACAGUAGUAUUGUAACACAUGCAUUUCAAAAUAAAUGUAUCUUAUUAAUUUAAACAUUUUAAAACAAAUGCCAGUGGCUUCUCAAACAUUGUAUUCCAUGACAUAUAAACAUGUAUCUUACUUUUAUUACUCAUAAGAUAUAUGUUGCUCCUUUGAAAAUAUAUGGAAACAACAAAAUCACUACAUGUAUGUAUUUUUGAGGAAACAGCAAUGAAUUUGCACACAGUAACUCUUCAGAAUUGAUUUAAUGCACACAAGUAUUUUUUGCUACAGUAUUUGCAGCAGAGUAUAAAAUAUAAACAGAAAGCUACCCCGAGGCUAUUCAAUUGACCCUAAGUUAGUGAAGAAUAAUGUUCUACUCCUCAAAAGUUUGACAGUAAAGCAUUCUGUUUUUUUUUUUAAAAAAGCCUUUUGGAAAUUUUUCUUUCACUUUAUAGUUUGAUCUGUUGCAAAAUUUAAAUAUGCUUUUCAGUUAAACGUUGCUAGAAGAAAUUCACCCAUACAAAUUAGUCAUUACCACAACUGAAUGUACAAACUAUACAAUAAUUUAAAACAAAAAGCAGAUGAUUUCAGGUAUGUAACUGUAAUGAGUAUGGGUUGCUCGUGCGUAAGUUGCCGCCUCUCCUGGCUAUGUUGCCUGGUUAAACCUUUGUCUGGACAGCCCUUCACUUCGUGGCUGCCUCAGUCGCUAGCAGAAUCCGUCAGUGGGCGUUUCUUAAACCUUUUCCAACGUAAAAGUUGUUUGACGCCAAGUCUCCUCCUACUCUCCCUGCGCAGAAGUCUUCUGCGCAGGGAGGGCGUGGGUAGCGGAGGACCCGUGCUCUCCCCGCUGGUGUCCGGUGAAGAGUCCUGGAGCCCUCUCGCCGAUUCCCCAUCUGCCCCCCUUUAUCCCUGGUGUUGCGCUGAUUUGCUUCCCCAUCUGCUGAGCUGCCUCUCUCCCUGCUGGGCCCUUCUCCAGCAUCAUUUGAGAGCCUUCCCUCCGCCUCUAGCUCCAAUGUCAGUUCCCUGACAGUAACCAUCACUUCAAUAGGUAUGUUUCCCACACAAUAAAAAAAAAAACUGCUCAAAAGUUUAUAGAUUUUUAUUUGUGGCUUGUCUGCUACAUAAUAAGCAGCAGUAUUUGUUAUAUAUACAUGUACACACUGAGGCAUGUGUUGCCUAAAUACUAUUUACAUUGCAUUUCAACAAUGGAAACCUUUUGACAUCCCCUAUCUAAGGAAUGAACAAUCACACAGAUGGCUACUUACAUAUAUAUAUAUAAAUUUGGUCACAGGUUACUUACUAUAUCUCUGAGACUAUUGAAUCUUUGUCCCUCCAAUUUUGAAAAAUAAUGGAAAAGUGUCUUUGGCUCAAAAUUAUAGUUGUAUUUGGCACCACUAAAGGUGAUAACAACUGGCUGAGAAAUCAAAUGAGGGUCCACAAUUGGCCAGCACAAGCCAAGAUGAUGCCGAUGGAGCUAUGAAGAAAAGAAAAACAAUUACAUUACUAACUGCACUAAGUACCAGAUCAGAGUCUGAAAUAACUGCACGGACACAUUUUAAUACUCAAUCAGUGAGACAGGUUUUUAAAUUCUUGAUGAUUGAAGGCUUCAUCCUUUCCUACUUGUAUUUGAAACAGCUACUCCAUUCUUCUCUCCAAAAUUACAUUACAAGCAUAAAAUAGAAGAUACAAAUUGCACCAAAUCAAAACUGACAUCUGGAAAUGACUCUGGAGGCU